CAUGGGAAACGGUUUGCAUCUUCUAGGUAUGCGCAUAUCUUUGUGACUUGUCCAUCUUGCUGCGCAGGUCAUGCUCAUAGAGGUUGCAGAGAUACUUUAAGUCUCAAUUUGCAACUCCAGCAACCUUAAACGUAGCAGUGGUUCUCCUACCUUAUGUAUAUAUUGAAACUUGUAACCAAUAAUAAACACAACAAAGUACUCAAUUAUAAGCAUUUAUUACCACCAACUCACUAAAAAAAAAAAAAAAAAAAACACACACCAGCCAAACAAGCUAGAAUGUAAUUGUUACAGCAUCCAUGUAUUGUUAGUAUUGAUACAAAAAUAAUAAAAUAAAGUGCAUUUCAACAAUUUUAAGAGUGGGUGAUUUGUAAUAUAAGCAGUGUGAUAUAGAAAUUUAUAAAGUUUUAUAUUGCAGUCAUUUAAGGAGACACAAGUAAGAGACUAUAUAACAUAGUGAUACAUAAGUAACAUUACUGUAAGAUAUAUAAAUGGCCUUGAGUAGAUCAUUUAUAUACAUAUUUUUCACGGUCUUGUGUCCACAGUACUUAGCAAAUGGCUGUCUUCUUCUGGGCAUCACAAUUCACAUUCAUUUCUAGAGAAAAAAAUGUAAGAUAAAAAAAAAAAAGACAUUACAUACAGCGUUAUCUUAUAUAUUCUAUAUUUUAAUUUCAAAUAUUGUCAUUAUAGGGGAACUGUCAUCUAAGAAAUGUGUUAAAAUCUACUUCAGACAUACUAUGCAAUUUUAGUUACAUAAAGUUGUAAUUAAAACUAUUCAACCACAAUUAUAAGUUGCAUUUUCAGUUAGAUUUGGGGAAAACACUUGAAGCAUAUGUUGUGUUGAGCUAUUUCAAUUGCUUUUGUUUCCUUUGUUCAUUGCAAACAGCUGAAAGUCUGUACAUUUUGAAUUGUUGUGUUGUUUUUUUAAAGAGUAAAAUAAAUAAAAAAAACAAUAAAACAUAAAAUUCAAAGAGGUUGAGCAAAGGUGCAGGGAACGAUACACUGCUCUGUAGGGGCUUUGAGGCCUAAACAGGGUAGGGGCCCAGUCCCUAUAUUAAGAGGGGUGUUUAGCCUAUGCCCACGACCCAUGCAGCCUGCCCAGGUGUAGAACGAGACACAGGGCCUCCAUAAAGCUACCCCACCAGUCCCAGACUCUGAAACAGUCUGGCACUUGUUUCUCACUGGUCCGAUUGCUCCUCGUAGUCUGGACGGGUUCUCUUAAUUUUCUCACAUGUAGCUGGUAUCGUCACUGUGUCCAAUGUACCUGAGGGUGUGAGCCAUGCCUGGGGAUACGUCAGUCCCAUUUGGACUGAGGUCUAGUAGAGUGAUGGUAGAUCUUGGAGCAGUGUCUUUGGAGUCGAGGAUCUUUCUGCACCUGCCCUCUUGUCCAGAUUGUUGGCAGUGUCGUGGUAUUUCAGGUCAGUGCAGGCCAUAAUCCAGUGGCUUGCCUUGCAGGGGACAGACUAGGUAUGUACGGAACCAUUUACCUCUGCAUCCGCGCAUUGUUUACAGCCCAGAUCUUGGCCCAUAGUUGGUCAAAGUACCUCUUAACGCGUUUCUCUACAUGGGGCCAGGUCUCAGAUUCAAUGCUGGUGGCCAUCUUAAUGCUGGCGGCAGGGACGGCCCAAGGCAUUGUGCUGCCUGGAUCAAAGGAUGAAAUGCUACCCCCUCCCCCCCCCAAUCCUCAACAAAACCACCCACAUCCAUUAUGUUAUGCAGUUUGUGUAGUGAAUGCAGUGUCUGUGUAGUGGAUGCAUGGUGUGUCUGUAUAGUGGAUGCAACGUGUGUGUAUUUUGUAAUGGAUGCAGUGUGUGUGUAUAGUGGAUGCAGUGUGUGUGUAUAUGGUAGAUGCAGGAGGGAGGGGGUGACACAGUGAGGGAGGGAGUGACAGGUGGCAGAGUGACUGAGGGAGGGAGGGGGUGACAGGUGGCAGAAUGACUAAGGGAGGGGGUGACAGUGAGGGAGUGGGUGACAGGUGGCAGAGUGACUGAGGGGUAACACAGGUGACAGAGUGGGUGACAGAUGGCAGAGUGACAGAGAAGGAGGGGGUGGCAGAGUGAUAGAGGGAGGGGGUGACAGGUGGUAGAGUGACUGACGAGGGGGUGACACAGUAAGGGAGGGGGUGGCAGAGUGACUGAUGACUCUCACCAGUUUUAUUCAGCUCAACUUGCUGAGACUUCUCUCAUUUUCUACUAAUAAAUGGGCAUUCAUUGUCUUUAGCUACAGCUAUGACGCACAGUUUAGACAAUAAUCCCCCACUAUUAAUUUUACACCUUGCUGCGACACCCAGAUACAAGUAGGCACUCUUUACCCGACUUUUUGUCUUUAACUAAAGCUACCACGCACAGUUUAGACAUCAAUCCCCACUACAAUUUUUUUUAAUCAAAUUGCGACAUAUCUGAGACAAGUGUUGGCAAAUACCUGGCUGGGACUCCCACAUACUACUGGGCACUCUGUACCCAACUUAUUGUCUUAAAACUACAGCUACCACGCACAGUUUAGACAAUAGUCGCCACACGUUUGUGGGGUACUUUAUACAAGUCUCAGACAUGUCAUCUGAUCUCUACCAAGUUGCCAAUUCAGAUAUGCACUACACAAAUUACAUUAAAUGGCAAUAUUAUAUUGUGCAACAAUGAAUUAUGCACCCUUGGUGUGACACGCGACACAACGGAUAUAAAUAUAAAUAAAGGCAAGUGACAAAAAGGGAGUAUUAUAGAAAGGUCAUAGCAAAGGAAAACUGGAAGAAAAUAAAGAGACAGUGCCACUUUAAGAGACACACAAGGGUAAAGGGGGUUAAAAGACAGACCAUGGGUAAAGGGGUUAAGAGACACACAUGGAUUUUGUGUGUGUAGAGUGAGCUGAUUGUGAAGUGGGGUUUUGUUUAAACAGGUCAGUUUCAGCUGUGUGGUGAUGGGCUAUAGAAAGUAAGAUAGUGUAUGCAUAGAGGGCAUAGUGUGUAUAGAGAUGAAGUGUAUUUGUGUAUAGGUGAUGUAGUGUGUGUAGGGGCUGUUUGUAUACAGUGAAUCUAUUGUGUUCUUAGUGGACCCAGAGUGUGUUUGUCAGGGGUGUAGUGCAGUGUACAUGUUUGAGGGGUACAUAAUGUAUGAGGUGUGCAUUGUGUGUGUGAGGGUGCAGUGUGUGUUUGUGAGGGGUGCACUGUGUGUGUUUGUGAAGGAUGCAGUGUGUGUAUGUGUGCGUGAGGGUUGCGAUGUGUGUGUAUCAGGGGUCCAGUGUGUGUGUGUGUGUGUGAGGGGUCCAGUGUGUGUGUGUGUGUGUGAGGGGUCCAGUGUGUGUGUGUGGGGUGCAAUGUUUGUAACUGCUGGGAGUCCUAAAUUGUGUGUAUGGGGGGGUCAAAUAGGUCUUUUUUUUUUUCGUUAAUAUUUAAAAAAUAAAUUAAUAAAUGUUACCUUUUGCCCGGGAGAACGAACAUUGUCUGCAAGACCUGGUGGUCCUGUGGUAAGUUCACUCAUUUUUUGCUCAAACUUCUCUGACAAAUCUUCGACUCUAUGCUGACGAUUUGACUAGCAAGGGAAAGCAGAUAAGACCUCCCACAGAAGGUCCUCCAGUUGUCCAGACAUAGCAACCACAUAGCUUUUGGUGGCUAUAGUAACUCCCUAGAAUUCAACCUUCAUUGGAAGAUGACAACAGAAUAUGUGCAAUGGUUCUGUCUAAAAACCCACAAUGCCAGGCAUUUCUGUUAGACUACAAUUGUGUGGGAGUUUAGGUUAGUGUCCUGCCCCAGCCCACCCUACCCCCAGUGCACCUCGAGUGGGGGCUAUUCAACUAAACGGGGGACUUAGGGACCCCCCAUGGGCAGGGCGCUUUUUGGAGGGAAGAUAGAGGAGGUGAUGAGGCAUCCAAUGAUACCCUGAACUUGGGGGAGCCUGAAGAACCUAAGGAAUCGCCGCUGUUUUGGGUGAUUAGGACUUUCACCCCAGCGCCAUGGAACUCUGCACCGCAUUAGAGAGCUGCCGCAGCCCGCUAAAACUGCACUAUUUGGACAGAUGGGGAGCUUGGGGACAAGCUACCCGGGGUUGUAUGGCAUAUGGCGGUGCUCACUUAUUUUUAUGUAUGUUUUGGUGUUGCUCUCUCUGUGUCCAGGAAAUAAUUAGCUUAACCGAUAUCUGACUCAAUUAUCUUCCAGACACAGAGGAGCCUGGGUGGCCCUCUGUUACAAUCAAUGGACACCCCAUGCUGGGUGUCUGUGUAUAAAUUUAGUGUGCCUUGAUGUAAUAACUUCAUUCUACUUCACCCUUCACCAAGUUUUGGCUAGUGCUUGGGUGAGACAGCUACACUUUCUGCAGGAGAGCUUAAUCACUUGGAGCUGCGACACAGGACCCUGUUCCAGGGUGGAAAAUUCUGGAUAGAUACUGGUCUAGGAAGCGUGCUUGGCAGAAGUACACAGCCGGGUUACCAGGUGGUCCGUCACAUCUGGUGGCAGCUGUGAUAUGGCUUCCUAGCGAUUGGGGACCCAUCUGAGAUACCUUUAUACCUGCAGGAAUUUGUCAGGAUGGAGCAAGCUAGCCCCCAGCCAGCGCCCCCAUACAAGGAGGAGUUCCAUUGGAGACUGCAGGAUACAUAAUCCUAGGAGUAUGGCCCUAUCUCAGCGGAGGAGGAGCUGGCCUGGAGAGAUGGCAUACAGAGAGAUCUCUGGCACGAGGCCAUAGUGGAAACUCAAGUUAGGCGGAGAGUGAGCCUUCCCAGCUGGGAUCAGCGCAGGUAGAAGCAAGUGGCGCUGCGGAUGCUGUUUUUUGUAGAGCAACCCCUGGAGGAGUGGGUAAUGGAACUCCAGUGACUGGUCAGGUAGGAAGUAUGGCUGGAUGAGGCAUACUGGGCGCUACGUAGUAUACGGUCAAGCGGUGCCCUUAGAUGGUUAAAGGUCAGAGGGUGUUGACUAAAAUGGUACAGGCCUGCUGUGGGAGUCCCUGGAGGAGGACAGUGACUUUGACAGCAAAGUCAGUUAUGGGACAUCCAAAAAUACAGAGUGGACAUGCUACGGAGGAGUACGAAUGUUCUUUGACUAUGUUCAGUCACCAACGCUUGGAAUAGAGCCACCAGGAGAGGAGACAGCAGGUCUCUCUAACCAGCGGCAGUGUAUGUUACAGGGAGAGGAGACAGCCGGUGUCCCUCCCCAGCAACCAUAUGUAUUACAAGGAGAGGAAAGGGGAAGUCUCCCUCCCCAGUGACAGUAUGUACCACCAGGACAGGUGAGUUUCAUUCUUCCUCCCCAGGGUGGCUAACUCCAUAUGGACCCCAGUCAAGCUGCGGCGACUUGGGGGUGAAGCGUGUUCCAGUUAGAGCUAGGAAGCGUGCUUGGAGGAGGUACCCAGCCGGGGUACCAGGCAGUCCGUCACAAUACCCAUUUUCUAUGGAAACCACUCCACCUCUUUGGCCCCCCAAACUUUAUCAGGUACAUGUCACCCUCUUCCUACAGUGCAAGCUUUGCCCCCCAAAAGCCUAUCAAUGCCAUUUGUCUCAAUACAGCUUCUCAGUGACAUCGGUCUCAAAAUAGCUAAUUUAUGCCAUAUUUGUGCCCAAAUAGCUUAUCAAUGCCAUCAUUGUCCCAAAAUAGCUUAUCAAUGCCAUCUAUGUCCCAUUAUAGCUCAUCAGUGCCAUCUUUGUGUAACAAAAUGGCUUAUCACUGCCAUCCUUGUGCCCAAAUAGCUUAUCAAUGCCAUCUUUGUCCCAAAGGGCUAAUCAGUGCCAUUUCCCUUUCCAAACAGCUUACCAGUGUCAUGCUGUCCUCAAAUAACUUUUCAGCACCAUCCUAAUGCCAGGAGAUCAUAAUCUUUGCCUUCCAGCUCUUCCGCCCAGUGCUGAGCACAAGAGUACAGAUUUUAACAAAAGGAAUGUAGACCAAUGCGAGGUUGCGGCUGCACUCCCCACCGGUUUGUCUAUAUCUACAGAGCGCCUGGGCAUUGUGCAUCGCAUGCAACUGCCCAGGAUCGGCCCUGCCCUAACCAUAUAUCUCGUUAACCCUACAACCUAAUUAGUAAUUAACUAAGCUGUAAUCCACAAUUCAUUUUGCACUGUGAUCAUUAAUGCAGUACUCUAUUUAAAAAAAAAGACAUUUAUAACUAAUUUCAAACUAUACGUUUUUAAAGUAAAUCAAUGUGUACAACUCAAAUAGGCAAAGAUAGUACCAGCAAGGAAUAUCCAGCAGUUUUCAGCACUUUCCAUCCAAAAACCAUGAUGCACACGGAAAUUAUUAAUCCAAGAACAGAUAGGAUUAGAAUCACUGAAAUAACGGAUAUUCUCAGGAUCUGGAAGAUGAGUAAAGAAAAAGAAAGCUAUGUUAUAAUUUUCUCAAUAUCAUUCAGAAUUUUAUGUGUAGCAGUUGUAAAGAAAAAAUCUGUAAUCAUAGGUUGUCACUACUGCUUUUCACUACAAUCAUAUUUAUAAAAACAAUUAAGUAGGAUCUGUCAGAAUUAAACGUAAUGUGGCUUUGUCAAGGCCAUAUGCAUUUUUGUAGAUAAAAUGAAGCGUGUUGCUUGUUAUUAUUAACUACUUUCUGACUAUAAAUCACCUGUAGAGCGGUCUCCUUAAUUUAAAUUCAAUUAUAUUUUUGUUGGAUUAGUUGGAUACAUGUUGCAGCUCUUUUUAGCCCUAAAGGUAAACCUACGGGGUUCUGGUGAAUUGCUCCUCUUGUGAAAUUAAUAUCAUUAUACCAUUUAUUUACUACUUAUGUCAGGCAGGUCCCUCAAAUUAUAAUUAAUUAAUUAAUAAAUAAAAUAAAUAUGUAGUUAAAAGUUAAAUAUAUAUGUAGAAUGUGUGUGUGAGUAAAUAUUAUAUAAAUAUAUAUAUUGUACACACACACACAAUUUUAUUUCCUAUAUAUGUAUAAUAUAUUAUAAAAUAAUGAAAGCAUUUUAUAAUAUAUUAUACAUAUAUAUGAUUACAUUAUAAGUGUAAUUUGAUAUAUAUGUGUAUAUAUCUCAAAGUACACUUAUAAUGAAAUCAUAUAUAUGCAUUAUAUAUGUAUAAUAGAAUAUAAAAUGCUUUCAUUAUUUUAUGAUAUAUUAUACAUAUAUAAUAUAUGUAUGAUAUAUUUAUUUUAUUAUUAUUAUUCCCCACACUUUUAGGAGUCAGGGGGACUGCCUGACAGUCCCCCUGCAGGCAGCUCCAUAGAUUCCUAUUGCGGCCGGGGUGGCCGAAGCUGCUGCAGAGGGACUGCUGGGAUCUCGGGCAGUCCCCUCCCAACCGGGAUCGCCGGUCCAGGUAAGUCCAGGGCUCCUAUUUGCCACGGACGUACCAGGUACGUCCUAAGUCGUUAACUACCGUUUUUUGUCGGACGUACCUGGCACGUCCGCGGUCAGAAGGAGUUAAAGGGGCACUCCAAUGCCCUAUUACAAAAUACAUUUUUAAAAAAUCACUGUUCAGUAGAUAUACCUCAUUACAAGUAUUUAAUUAUGCUUUUUUUAUUUGAUGUAUAGAUAAAAACAGCUUGCAAAUGCUGCAGAUCUUUUGUCUGCUGCCUUGGCAAGUCCUCCCAUUCUAACCCCACUCAGACUUUCUGUGCCUGACCAAUCACAGACUUCCCAAUGUAGCUCAAUGGGAAGUCUUUGCAAGGCAAGUGCUCUGAGCAAACUAAACCAGGAAGUAAAAGAAGAAGGUGACUAUAGGACUGGAGACCAUCCAGUCAUAAAGCCAAAUGAGGACCAAAUGGGCAAGACAAAAGGGCCUAACCCCACAAAAAUGAUAAUAGAGAAAAUCCCAAAGAUAAGGGUGUGUGGAAAGAGGAACGGAGUUCCAUCUACCACAACAGCCCGAACUGAGGGUAUGCCCACAUUAAAGGGUAUAGAAUCCCUAGAUGUACACAAGUGAAAUAAUACAAAUGAAAAUAAAAAAUACUUUAUUCGAAAAAUGUAUAGAGACUAUUAAAAAUAUAUAUAUGUAUAGUAUGUAUGUUACAAGGGGUCCAGGGUGGGGGGAUGUCCCAUGAUCUAUAGGGCUAUAGUGACACAAUAGGAGGCAGCCGGGCAGGUACAAUAAAGGAUUACAUAUAUGACACUGCUAUACGCCAAAAUAUCACAUCCUAUUAGAGUUACUUAGAUAUAGCAUAUUACACAAGAGUCUUAGAUAGACCAAAGUGUCUGGCACAAAAUCUAGUCGAACUGCUAUUGUGGGAAUAACAACCAAUGGACAGGUUGUAAUACCCUGCAGUUUAUAGCAAGCUUGUAACACCCGUUGUAUAGGUAGAAAAAAUGUCGGGUGAAGAUGCUGGCUAUACUAGUGAGGUAGAUCUGGGAUCAGAGGUAUAACAUAUAUAAAUAGGGAGGAGUAUGCAAAAUUGCGAAGAAAAUCCUCUAAUAUGUAAAGAUACCCAGAUACCUCAAUUAAUCUAGAUAAUAGUCAGCCCCAUCGUUCAAACAAUAAUAAAGUGCUUGCAAGGGCAGCCAGAGUAGCGAUAUUGAGAGUAUAUUGCUAAGGCAUUGUAGUGAAAAAUGUUAUCAACUCUUAUAACUAGUUCUGUGUAUCCUGCAAUUGUAUCCUGCAAUUGAUACUACAAUGGAGAACAAAUUGUAGUGUUGUACUAGUCUGAGCUGAUUGUGAAACAAGCUCACAGCUCAAAAGGUCUAUCCUGCCUCCUAAAAGAACGAGGGGAAAGGAAAUCCCCCGGACGCCAGGCACAUCACCCACGACUACCCGACCCUAUGUAGUAUAGUGAUGCGGUGAAAAGAGAGAGAAAGAUUAAACAAAAAAUCGCCCAGACCUAAGAAUUAAACUAUAAAUAUCAAGAUGUACAGAAUAUAUCUAAAUAGGCUGGGCUAAAAAGGUCCGUCUAAAUUCUAAGUCCAACAUCUAGGGUAACGUGAAAGUAACUAGGUAGGCUGGACUGUAAACUAAACUCUGAAAGAACAGAGUCUGCCUAGAUCUCAGUCAAACGUAAGGUAGAGUAGAAGGUAAACUGACUAGGUAGGAACUUCUGACUAGCUCGUCUCAGUUAGACAUUGGAUAGAAUAAAGAGUAACUGGCUAGGUCAGACUUCUGACUAACUCGACGCGCGUUUCGGCGCUGUGUGGCGCCUUUUUCAAGAGCGGCAAGGAGACUAGUGCCCGCCCCUCCCGUGACGUCAUGGCUGAACAUGCAAGGCCAUGUCACGGGAGAGGGAGGAGCCAAGGGGUGCUCGGACCGGCAGAUGUGCCGGUUGGGAAAAAGACCCUAAUCAAACUUGGGUCAGUAUACAGGAUAUUGUGUCUUGAUUGAAAGAGUAAUAUUCAUACCAUAGAGGCAGAACCUUGGAAAAAAUAAGAGUCUCGAAAAAGAGACAUCAUAUGAGAGAUAGAAAAUGCCAUUGCUAAUGUAAAGAAGGCAAUAUCUGCUAACAACCGUAUCCUUGGCAAAACAUCCCUCAGAGGUGCCAAUCGUAAUCAAAACAAGUAUAAAGGUCUACAGUGUAAAUCAAACCAAUAGGAAUUGGAAGUUAAAAUAAAGACUAAAUCAAAUCAAAAUAUUGUUUGAGCAAUUUAAAGGAAUACACACCUUUACAGGAGACAGGAUUACAUGUAGUGUAUAUGAACACUAUAAGAAGGGAGAAAAAGAGAACCCCUCAUUAAGACCAUUUGGGCUUAAGGUCUUCAAUCGAUAGAUCCAGAAGCAUUUUCUUUGCCUGAGAAAUCUAUCAUAGUCACCACGUCUAGGGUUCUUUUUUACCAGUUCCAAGCCACAGAAGCGUAACCCUCUAGGGUCGCUAUUGUGGUGUUCGCGGAGAUGUCUAGAUAUAGGGGUUUCCGCUGAAUAUUUACUAGACCUGAUGUGUUCUUGUACUCGUUUCUUAAAGGGACGGAAUGUUUUGCCCACAUAUUUUUUAUUGCAUUCACAUAUAAGUAAGUAAACAAUCCCUGAGGUAUUACAGUUGAAGAAGGAGGUUAUAGUGAAAGCCUCCUUCUCCAUACUGUCUUUGACUAUUUUGGAGUCUUUUUUCAUGAACUUGCAUGUAAUACAUCUCCCGCAUCUAUAGGUGCCAGUCAGGCGGGUCUGGAGCCAUGUUGAAGGAGAUUAAGUAUCAGUUUUAAAAUUACUUGGGGCUAGAAGAUCUCGUAUGUUUUUCCCUCUCCGAGCUGUGAUGGAAACAUUAGGAGCCAGUACUUCCUGAAGGUGUUGGUCAUUAGUUAGCAAUGGCCAGAAGCGUCUAAGGGAACUUUGAACGUUUUCCCAUCCUGCAUCGUAGGUAGCAAUUAGGCGUAUGUUAUUCUUAGGAGUCUCUGAUGGUUUAAGACAGUCCCCACUCAGCAGGGCGUUACGGUCAGAGUCAAGUGCUCUCUGAUAUGCGCGUUUGAGGCACCUAUUAGGGUAACCUUUGGCUUUAAAGUGGCCUCUUAGUUCUUUAGCCUUUAUCUUGAAUUCCUCAAUGGUGCUGCAAUUACGCCGGACCCUGAGGUAUUGACCCGUCGGGAUCCCCAUUUUGAGCGGUAUCGGAUGAAAACUGUCCCAUCUCAAAAGGUUAUUGGUCGCCGAGGGUUUACGAUAAAGUGUGGUAUGUAUUUUAUUUUCAGUUGUUAUGGAGAUCGUUAAAUCCAAAAAAUUCAAACUGUUACCCCCGAAUUCAUUCGUGAAUCUGAGGUUUUCAUCAUUAAUAUUGAGGAUACCAACGAACUUAUUGAACUCUUGCAUAUCCCCUAGCCACACUAUAAGCACAUCAUCGAUGUAGCGACGCCAGAGAAAGAUCAAGGGGAGAUAUUGAGAGAUUUCUGGAUGUUGAAAAAGAUGUUCCUCCCACCAGCCCAAGUGGAGGUUGGCAUACGAUGGGGUACAAGCUGUCCCCAUCGCAGUCCCCCUGAUUUGGUGAUAAUAUUUAUUUUUAAAUGUAAAAUAAUUGUGUGAGAGAAUAUAUUCAAGAAGCUCCAAGCAAAAAGAGGUAUGUGCUGUGAAUGCUGUACCUCGUUGGUCCAGGAAAUAGCGUAUAUGGCGAAUGCCAUUGGAGUGAGGGAUUGAUGAAUAUAGGGCUUCAAUGUCUAAACUACAUAGUUUAGCGGAGGGGGGUACCUCCAGAGUUGCUAAGAGGGCCAGGGUCUGUUUCGUAUCCUGAAGGAAAAAAGGAAGUUUUUCGACGAAUGGUCGUAAGAUUUUGUCAAUAUAUAUACUGCCAUUCUGUGUCAGAUUUUCUAUGCCCGAGACAAUGGGGCGGCCAGGAGGUAGAGUCAUACUUUUGUGUACUUUGGGCAGGCAGUAGAAGGUCGCUAUCCUCGGGUGGCAAUUGAGGAUGAAUGCGUAUUCAUCCCCUGAUAGCAGCCCUCUACUGCGGCCCCCAUCCAAGAUCUCCCUGUAUUUCUUAAGAAAGUCAUUCGUGGGAUCAGAUUUUAAAAUUUUGUAUGUGUUCACAUUUUCCAAUACUUUGAGAACCAUAGAGACAUAGUCAGUGACAUCCAUCAUGACUAUGUUCCCACCUUUAUCCGCGGGUUUUAUGAUGAUCUCUGUAUUAUUUUUCAGGGACUUAAGUGCCAUUUGUUCCCUACUUGACAAGUUCAUAUUAGGGUGAAGGUCAAGUGAUCUAGUGUCUAGUUUUAUCAAUUUCAGAAGUCUGACCUAGCCAGUUACUCUUUAUUCUAUCCAAUGUCUAACUGAGACGAGCUAGUCAGAAGUUCCUACCUAGUCAGUUUACCUUCUACUCUACCUUACGUUUGACUGAGAUCUAGGCAGACUCUGUUCUUUCAGAGUUUAGUUUACAGUCCAGCCUACCUAGUUACUUUCACGUUACCCUAGAUGUUGGACUUAGAAUUUAGACGGACCUUUUUAGCCCAGCCUAUUUAGAUAUAUUCUGUACAUCUUGAUAUUUAUAGUUUAAUUCUUAGGUCUGGGCGAUUUUUUGUUUAAUCUUUCUCUCUCUUUUCACCGCAUCACUAUACUACAUAGGGUCGGGUAGUCGUGGGUGAUGUGCCUGGCGUCCGGGGGAUUUCCUUUCCCCUCGUUCUUUUAGGAGGCAGGAUAGACCUUUUGAGCUGUGAGCUUGUUUCACAAUCAGCUCAGACUAGUACAACACUACAAUUUGUUCUCCAUUGUAGUAUCAAUUGCAGGAUACAAUUGCAGGAUACACAGAACUAGUUAUAAGAGUUGAUAACAUUUUUCACUACAAUGCCUUAGCAAUAUACUCUCAAUAUCGCUACUCUGGCUGCCCUUGCAAGCACUUUAUUAUUGUUUGAACGAUGGGGCUGACUAUUAUCUAGAUUAAUUGAGGUAUCUGGGUAUCUUUACAUAUUAGAGGAUUUUCUUCACAAUUUUGCAUACUCCUCCCUAUUUAUAUAUGUUAUACCUCUGAUCCCAGAUCUACCUCACUAGUAUAGCCAGCAUCUUCACCCGACAUUUUUUCUACCUAUACAACGGGUGUUACAAGCUUGCUAUAAACUGCAGGGUAUUACAACCUGUCCAUUGGUUGUUAUUCCCACAAUAGCAGUUCGACUAGAUUUUGUGCCAGACACUUUGGUCUAUCUAAGACUCUUGUGUAAUAUGCUAUAUCUAAGUAACUCUAAUAGGAUGUGAUAUUUUGGCGUAUAGCAGUGUCAUAUAUGUAAUCCUUUAUUGUACCUGCCCGGCUGCCUCCUAUUGUGUCACUAUAGCCCUAUAGAUCAUGGGACAUCCCCCCACCCUGGACCCCUUGUAACAUACAUACUAUACAUAUAUAUAUUUUUAAUAGUCUCUAUACAUUUUUCGAAUAAAGUAUUUUUUAUUUUCAUUUGUAUUAUUUCACUUGUGUACAUCUAGGGAUUCUAUACCCUUUAAUGUGGGCAUACCCUCAGUUCGGGCUGUUGUGGUAGAUGGAACUCCGUUCCUCUUUCCACACACCCUUAUCUUUGGGAUUUUCUCUAUUAUUAAACCAGGAAGUAACAGGACCUGGUGUCUGCUUGAAUGCCAGUGGGGUGUAACCAGGUGAAUUUACAAAAGUGGCAAUUUAUAUUGAAAUCUGCACUUUUUGUAAAAUGAGUAGGGGACACACUCUUCACACAAAGCAUUUCACCAAUCUAAAUUGCUUUAGGGGUUUGGAGUGUCCCUUAAAGGUGAAAACUAGAGCUGUGAUGGCCAUUUAGUGAAGCUAAACAUAAGAUUCUUGAGAGGAUACUAUUAAAGGAACACUAACACGAACAUGUUCUCCUACUUCUAUAGUGACCUGCUGUGUGAGGGAACAGUCAAUCCUACAGGGGUUCAGUACAGUUCUCUUUAAAAGAGCUGCGGCACUCAAAUUUGCCUUUUUUUUAAAGAUGCACUGACAGUGGAAUCUGGAUGGACUCAAGCUUAUAGGCCCUUGAGUGGCUGCAAAGCAUGCAGUGGUGAUGUUAAAGAGGCCUGUGCAUUUUUGGUAUCUUGUGGUGACCUGAUAGAAGCAGACACAUUGAAUUAGCCUGUAUUUUGAGGACCCAGUGAAGGGAAAGAUUAAGAAGUAGUUUAAGAGAAAGCAGCAGCCCCUUACACAUAAGGAAAGUCCAUCUAUAACCACUGCUAUGCCCCUUUCUACCACUAAGGGACCUACCUGCAGGAUUUCAAGUACAAGUGAGACACUGAAUUGCAUUGCAAUGUGCAGCACUGCCCCAGGAAGCACAUCUAGCAGCCAUCUGAGGAGUGGCCACUGGAGGUAUCCCUGGGCCUUAAUGUAAACACUACAUUUUCUCUGAAAAGACUAUGUUUACUGCAAAACGCCUAAAGGGAAUGAUUCUACUCACUCAUCAGAAGAAAUACAAUAAGCUGAAUUUGUUCUGGUGACUAUAGUGUCCCUUUACCUAAAAAUGCAAUAUUCCCCAUAAAGAUUCACCUCGGAAUAAAACAUUAUCUUACUACUUUGAAUUUAUCUUUGGAUUUGAAUUUAGAUACUCUUAAAAAAAAUAAAAAAAAAAAUGCUGGAACAGGCCCCAAAAAGAUGGAAAUCAUUGUAGAUGUGUUACCAUAAUAUAAUAGCAUCAGUAUAUUCAGCUAUACCUACAUAUAGGACAGGAUGGGAAAAAGAGAAAGGCCAAUCUUUUAAGGAGGAAGAAUUGAAUUCUUUAGUGUGUUUUACUGCUAAUAUUUAAUGAUCUACUAAUCAUGUGGAACUUUCUUAGAAAAACCUGACAAGAUGGUAUUUAACUCCUGUCCAACUGUUACAUAUGUAUCCCAACGUUUCCAAUAAAUGCUGGUGGCAAUGUGGGGAGAUUGGAUCAUUAAUUUAUAUAUGUUGGGAAUGUAAAUAAUUAUCUCCGAUAUGGAGAAUAUUAUACGACAUGACUGAAUCUAAAGUACAUUUUCAGAUCCACUUCUACAAUACGCUUAUAUGAUAAAACAUUAAUAUCCUUUUUUCUGACAUUAAAAACUUUUGACAGAAAUUGGAAAAUUUAAAGAGUUACAGAUAUAAAAAUCUUGAUAGAUGUUACAAUAUACUUGUCAAAUGGAAUUUAUGGCACAUCAGGCUAGCGACACGUUAGUAAUAUUUGAAAACAUUUGGGAAUAGUUUUGGAAGGGGUGGAAGAACUAAUAGGGAGAUGGCCGAAGUUAGUAUUAUAAAUAAUUACAAUUCCAUAAAUUGGAUCAGAUCCAGAAUUAAUUCAUAGGAUUAAAUAUAAUAAAACAAGAUACACGUAAAUUAAACUCUGGAACCAGAAACAGCUAAACACAAAGGAACAGGACAGAUUUGUUUUUUUAUGGUAUCUGAAAUGUUACGUUUAAUUGAAGGAAGCAUAAUAACAGGAUGCAAAUUCAAUUUUAUUUUAAUAAUUUUGUGUGUUAAUUUAAUUCCCCAUUUUUAAAAAAUAUUUUAGUUUAAACAGUAGCUAAUAUGUAUUUGUAUUUUGAUUUAUGUAAAUGUUUUCAAUGUUUAACCUGCACAUUUUGGAAAAUCUCAAUAAAAAUUGUAUGUAAAAAAAAUAAAGAAAAUGAGUGGACAAGUUACUGGACAGAGUAGCCAGCAGUAAUUAUCUAGCAACCAUCAAUCUGUGCAAUUGAAAAACAAACUCUUUUUCUUGGCACUAUAGUGUUAAUAGGCCCCCCCACCCUUAUGGCCCAAGGGGUUAAAUUCUUACCUUUCACCAGCGCCGGGCUCUCCUCCUUCUUCCAUAGUCAUCGGCUGAAUGCUCAUGCCGCGCGAGCGCAUUCAUUCAGUCCAUAGAGUAAUGCUUUCCUAUGGAUGCUGGCGUCUUCUCACUGUGAAAAUCACAGUGAGAAGCUCGGAAGCGCCUCUAGCGGCUGUCAAUGCAAUACCGGACAGGCAAUAAGAACAAUAGUGCUGAUUGUCCUGGCAAAUCAAAUUUGAAUCCUAAAGUGAACUAUACAUAGACAUCCCCAUGCUGAAUCGUCUUGAUCUGGUCAUGUUUGCUGGACUAUGGAUCAAAGGGGGAGUCGUGUUACUAGUCUAUCAUAAGCAGCAUAGACUUAUAAUCACCUUGCAAUGUUCUUGCCCUUCCCCUAGUGGCGCUGGGAAAAAAAGGUGAGUUUUACACAUGGCUAUAUCAUGGUUCACUCUGCAGGAAAAGGACACAGACUCUGCCACACUCUAAAAAUACUGUGAGAAGGGGGACCUGGAGUAUUCCUUAAAAUAACAUGUGAUGCCUACAGCAAAUCACUGCAGUUAUACACAACAGAAUGGAGAACGCUGAUGGCAGGAGAGAUGCUUGGUGUAAUAUGUGCAAAGAGUAUAGCUGGUUAUGGUACUUGGCGUUUCACUUUGCUGAUUUCAGAUGGGAGAUAUGUAAUUUGAAAAGUAUUUUUUACAUUGCUUUCAUAAGCAACAUGUUUAAAGUAACACUAUAGUGUCAGGAAUACAAACAUGUAUUCCUGACUCCAGGAAUACAAAUAUGUUUUCCUGACUCUAUAGUUUUAAAAACACCAUUUAGGUCACCAGCCCCAUCUCCUUACUUUAAAAAUGUGUAAAACUCACCUUUUUUUCAGCACUGCGCCAGUUUUGUAGCAGAUGGCUCUGCUCCACUCACCUCCUUGACUGAGAUCAACAAUUUUGAUAUUCUCAGCCAAUUCAAUACUUUCCAUUGGAAUUGGAAGGCAUAUCAUAGGAAUUGAGAGGAACUGAUCCAGAAAGCACCGCUAGUGACUGAAUGACUGCCACUAGAGAUGUUCCUAGGCAGUGACGUAAACAGGCAGUGUUCACAUUAAAAGCCUGCAGGGACAUGCUAUGCACAGCAGAACAACUACAUUAAGCUAUAAUUGUUCUGGUGACUAUAGUGUUCCUUUAACCCCUUAAGGACCAAACUUCUGGAAUAAAAGGGAAUCAUGACAUGUCACACAUGUCAUGUGUCCUUAAGGGGUUAAAGUGGAUUUUGCAAGACUGUAGACAGAUGUGACAGGCAGCUUCAACAAAAGUAAGGAUUAAGAGAAUAUAGUAUGCAGUGAAGUAAAAUUAAAUGAAAGCGAGUGCCUGGGCUUAACAAAACACAGACAUCUCUAAAAAGAUGGUGCCUGAAACCUGGCAACAGGUAAACAGUCAACAAGAAGAACAGAAUCAUAGAAAAAUACAAGCCAGGAUUUGGAAACAAGCCAGGAUCCAAAGCUAAAUCAGAAACUAAGAAAUCAAUAAUGGUGGAGGACCUUCCAAUAAAAUAACAGGAGCAACACAAUGUACAGGUGGUAAAGUAGCUGUUAACAUUUUUAGGGACUUGAUGAAGAAUGCCAAACACCUAUAGAAUACAGAUCUUCUUUGGUAGCAGGCAUACCGCAAGCAUUUUCCCCUCUCCACCAAAAAUGUGACACUUCUGGAAAAUGUAAAAAGUACAUUUAUCUUAUCUAGUUAACAUUUUCAAGUUUUUUUUCUAAUAACUUAAUAUUCAAUUGGUUAUCAUUUUCUUUGUCAUCCAAUACUGUAAAGCUUCAUUAUUUAAAAUACUUCACCAUUUUAUAUCUGUACUUAACUGUGAUUAACUUACCAAAGUCAACUUGCUGGCAUUUUGGCUAUAACGUUCCUCAUAAUCAUAAUAAUCAUAUCGAGAAUACUCUUGUGAGUUGCUCAGAGAUAUACAUUUGUUAAAAUUUUGUUUGUCCACUGGUACCCAGCAUGCCUGUGUCUCUGUAUCCAACUGAAUUAUGUAAAUUGCAAGUGCCACUCCUCCAAGUACUGCAUUAGCCACAUGUGAUCCCAGGCAGGUUUUUAUCUGUAACAAUAAAAGAUAAACAUUUUUUUAAAAAUUCUUUAAAGUUACCUGAGAGGGUAAUUAACCCAAGAUCAAAUUUCCAACAAAGAAUGGUUAAAUUUAAAAAGUCCCGGGGGGCGGGACCUGGGCUUCAUGGCAGCUGGACGUGCCUCACGUGAGCUCCGAGCUCAAUCUUCCUAUCCAGCCUGAUUACAUGCGCACUAGCCAGCCAUAACCCUAAUGCUCAAACCCAGAACACACUUACCUCUGGAGCCAGCCGAGGUGCCCCAGGUCUGUUGCCCGUAGGUGCACGGAGCAUCUGCCGGAGGUGUCUGGAGUGAGGCCUAGCAGUAUCGCCGGAUGGGUGAGGCGGCGAUCCUCCCCUCUGUGCGAGCUAGUGCCCUCCAAGACUGCAUCUCAGCCCUGUUCCCCCCCCUCUGGACCGGUGGGGGUCAUCCUGGUCCACCGUGGCUUGCACCCGGCAUCAAACAAAACUAAAUUGACCCCACUUGCUAAGCUACAGCCCCAGCGGACAUACACAAAAUGUUGGCUCGAAUUACCCAGCAAGACAAACUCCCAGCAACCGUAGCCGGCGCUUCCAGACCCGGUACAGGUCACUCAAAGGAGGCUGGAUGAAAUUUUCAACCGCUUCUGGGCAGAGUUAGAGGCACGCCAAAAAGCAGCAAAGUCUCCACAUAAGGAGGACGACCAGGAGGUUGAGAGCCGGAUGGUGAGUGGGCCCCCUUUGAUCACCCAUGUCUCCAAAGCACACAAACCUCCUCCCAUUAAAAGAUCACCUAGGCAGAGGGCCACCAGGGGCAGAACCCCGCGGCAUCGCCCACACAGGCGGAGGACCACCCCCUAUCAACGGGCACCUACCACCAAAACCUCCUGCUUAUUCCCUAAAGGGGAGGACUUGGACCCUAGGAGCACCAAAGUCAGUGGCACGAAGAUGCUGGCCUGUCAACCGGCCUGGGGCUGGAGGGAUGUCCAACAGAGCCAUCAGAGUGCUGCAGCCUCCUAGCCAUCAGUACACUGGACUCCCACUUCCCAUCUUUGGGAAUAGGCUGAAUACAAGCCCGCUGCCUAAAGCCGUGCCACCAUUAUAGGAGUAACCACAAACAACAGUUGUCACUGCUGGGACUUCCAUACAUAUCCCACACAUGCUAGCCUGACUGGGUUUCCUAUAUGCAUUCAUGCUGCGGCGGUCUAAUCUUUAUGUUUUUUCUUGUUUUUAUAUGUUAAGUGCUGCCUUUUGCUAAUUAGUUCGUAAGCAUUAACGGGAUUUCUGCUUUACUCUCUAUAACACUACAUAGAUAAAGAGCCAGUGAGUUCUAACGCUACUAAUUCAACUCAAGACUAGGAAUAACUUGUCAAUUGUUUAAAUAACUGAUGCUUAGAGCUUAAACAUGUACACAGUCCGGAGAACAUCUUUGCAUAAUCACGUACCUACCUAGUUAAAUGCCUGCAAAAAUUAUUACGACUACCCAAACUACUCAGUACGAGAUACACUUGAUUAAGCGCAUGUACGCUAAUCAAUCAGCCAGGCUUAUCAGUUUUGUCAAAACUUUAUCAAAUGCGUUCCUACCCUUGUGUGUCUACGUAAAUAUAAAAUUUGUGCAACUACUUGAAAAUACCCCAUUGUUACAACUGUUUCGCCAUUGCAUGAGGAAUGCCGUUGGGAUACCUCACACAUGUAUGUUAAAUUGCAAUGCACAGCAAAAAAUAAAAAUAAAAUUUUAAAAGUCCCAACUGGUUGAUUCCAAUGCCAUCUUUGUUUUAAAGAUUUAACGUUUAAAAAUUUUAAAAAUACUUCAAUCAACAAAUUUCCUUUUUUUGCAUUAAUAACAAGGUCUGUAGUGUUUGUAAGCAUUACAUUAAAAACAUUUACUGACAAUUUAACACCUUUUUCAACAUGUUUUUCAAAACAAGUCCUAAAGUUCUCAUUACCUCAACAGUCUGUAAAAUAUAAGUAACAUUAAGAAAGUUUAUACAAUAUUUCACCUUUUUAAAAAUGGGUUUUAAAGUCACGCACAGUUACUUGAAACUCUGAAAUAAUAUAUAUUUGAAAUAAAAACAUUUUUAAUUGAUCUUGACUGAUUUCUCCCAUUACUGCAACACGUUCUGCAAUCUACAACCUAACAUUUUUUAUAUUUCAUUGAGACCUGACAUAUUUUCACAAUGACGUGGCAAACCUGAAAGAACAUAAAGUAUAGAUUCUGCGCAUGCAUUUGAUCGCAAACUACUAUUUUUUCAUUCAUUAAAUAAACACUUGUUGUGGUAAUGAUAAAUAGGUUAUGGAAAUGAGGUUGAUGAUUUUGGUAAUGAUAAUAAGUAAGACUGAGGUAUGGUUAAAAACAUUAUUAAAUUGAAUGUAGACAAUAUAUGAGAUAAUAUUGUCACAAUCAUGGAUGCAAGCUCAAUCAUUUUAAUUUUGCAGUGCAUCAAAAAUUCAGAACAUGUGGCAUAUAGGCUAAAAAGGGAGAACACAACCCCUCCCCCACCUAGCACAAAAAUCCCAUUAGAACAGAACUAAAAUGGGCAGCAUGACAACAUAGCUAACCAUUUUAUCAUGUCACUGAAAAAUUACUAACCCCAAGGGUUUCAAAACUAUUAACCCAAAAACAGUUAACCGUACCGUGGGUGGUUAAACAGCCCUCUGCAUCACAGUAUCGAGAUCAACCAAAAGGUAGGGAGCACAUGGCCGUGUAUCCUGGUAACCAUCACAGUGUAGUCAUAUUAGCACCUCUAUUACCACCAACACCUCUUGCUACCCUAUCUAACCCUCCUACCAUUCCAGUGCUUUACACAUGUUUGUGUAGUUUGCCUAGAUCUCAGGCAACACACAGAAGUGUCCAGCUGAGAAUGUGGCCGGUUGUGGCUCAGGGACUAUACUGCAGCCACUAGUCACAUGACCUGAGUUCAGUCGGGAGAUUCUAGAAUAUGUAUAUCAAUAAAACCAAUAAUUACUGUCAAUUCGGUCACCCAGGCCCACACUGCAAUCCAAAAAGUUUACAGAAUUGAGUCACUGACAAGUUGUGCCUGGAAUUCUCAGAGAGAAGUAUUUUAUGAAGAUUCCUGUCUGUCGAAGGAAUACUAUAGUCAUCCAGACCACUUCAUCAAGUGCAGUGUACCUGUCAUUUUAACCCUUCAAUUAAAACACUGUUGUUUUUGAGCCACUGCAUGGUUUACAUUAUUAUUAUUUUAAUUAUUUAUAUAGCCCCAACAAAUUAUGCAGCACUUUACAGUGGGUUGACUAACAAACAUGUAAUUGUAACCAGACAAGUUGGACGCACAGGAACAGAGGGGUUGAGGGCCCUGCUCAGUGAGCUUAGACUCCUAUGCCUGUGCUAGAGGCAGUGGGGUAAAGUGACACAAAAGGUAAGGAUAGUAUUAGAGAAGUAAUGACAGUGGCAGGAGAGAAAUCAUUUUGGGAGCUAUGAACAGUUUAAUAGAUAUGCUUUUAUGAAGAAGUACGUUUUUAAUGAUUUUUUGAAGGAGUGGAGACUGGGUGAGAGUCUAACGGAGGAGGGAAGGGAGUUCCACAGGAACGGUGCAGCCCUAGAGAAGUCUUGAAGGCGAGCAUCAGAGGUGGGUGUUACAAAAGAUAGACGUAAGCAGAGUGUAGGGGCCCAGAUGGAACAUACUUGUGUAUUAGGGAGGAUAGAUAGGUGGGAGCAGCAUUAUGUAGAGAUUUAACAGCAAGAACCAGAAUUUUAAAUUGAGCCCUAUAUCUUAUGGGAAGCCAAUGUAAGGACUGACAGAGAGGUGAGGCGUGGAGGUGCGGGCGGACAGGAUGAUGAGCCUCGCUGCCACAUUCAUUAUAGACUAGAACAGCGCAAGUUGGGAGCACAUAAGACCACUGAGAAGCGGAUUGCAGUAGUCAAGGCGAAAGAGGACAGUGGCAUGGACCGCUUCCAUCUCAAAAACACUGCGUUAAGAAGGAGCUUCCAUCUCAAAAACAUUGCGUUAAGUAGGGGCGGAUGCACGCAAUGUUUUUGACAUGGAAGCGGCAGGAUUUGGCGAUAGACUGAACAUGAGGGGUGAUGGAGAGGUUGGAGUCAAAGAGAACAUCUAGGCAGUGAGUUGUGGACUUGGAGGGAGACAGACACAGUAGUAGCAACACUUUUGGGAGGAAAGACCAGAAGUUUAGUUUUGGACAAGUUGAGUUUAAGGAAAUGGGAAGCCAUCCAGAUAGAAAUAGCAUAGAGGCAAUCAGAGUCACUAGUCAGGAGGGGCAGAGAGAGGUUAGGAGAGGACAGAUAGAUUUACGUGUCAUCCGCAUAAAAAUAAUAUUGGAAACCAAAGGAGCUGAUGAGUUUAUCAAGGGAGGCAGUAUAGAUGGAGAACAGUAGGGGACCAAAAACUGAACCUUGGGGGACACCAACAGAGAGGAGUUUGGGGAGAAAAGGCAGAGCCAGAGAAAGAAACACUGAAUGAGCACUGGGAGAAGUAGGAGGAGCACCAGGAGAGAGCAAUAUCUUGUAGACCAAGAUUAUGGAAGAUGAGAAGAAGCUGUUGAUGAUCAACAGUGUCAAAAGCAGCAGAAAGGUAAAGGAGAAUUAGAAUAGAAUAGUGACAACGAGAUUUUGCAGCGAGUAGAUCACUGGAUACUUUGGUCAGUGCCGAGCGCGGAAACUCGACUGAAGCGGGUCCGCAUACACAACUCUUUCAAGGCUCUUGGAUGCAAAAGGCAGUAGCGAGAUAGGACAGUAGUUGGACAGGAGUUAGGCUCAAGGUUGGGCUUCUUUAGAAUCGGGGUUAAAGUUGCAUGUUUGAAGGGUGAUGGAAAUAUGCCAGAGGAGAGGGAGAGAGAGAGUAAGAAUCAGAUGCGAGGGAAUGAGUUCCAGGGAACAGGUGGUGGGGCGGGAGAACCGGAGCAGAGCAGAAACAUCUUCCGCUGUAGUGGGUGCAAAUGAACAUAGAACAGCAGAGGGAGUGAGGUUGAGGGAAGUAUUGUAAGGGGAAGAAGAGAGGUGAGAGAUCUUUUCCCUGAUUGUAGAUAUCUUGUCAGUGAAGUGAGUUUCAAAGUUUGUCCCAGUCAAGUUGGUAGGAGGAGGAGGAACAACAAGGUGAAGAAGAGAGUUAAAAGUAUAAAACAGUCAUUUGGGUUUGCGGGAGAGUGUGGUUAUGAGGGUAUGAAGUAAUUUGCAUUUGCAGAGGAAAGAGCCAAGCUGUAGGAGCGCAGCAUAAAUUUAUAGUGGAGAAAGUCACAUGCAGAGUAAGACUUUCUCCAGCAGUAUUCGGCAGUUCUGGAGCAUUUUUGGAGGUAUCGAGUGGAAUUGUAGAAGGAGGUUUCAGAGCUAGGACAGGUGAGGUUUGAGAUAGGCAAAAGGAGAGUUUGAAGAUUAGUGGAGGAUUGCUCUAGGUGAAGACAGUGAAGGUUUCUGUGAGAUUGAUGUUCAGACAUCAAGGACUAAGUCCACCUCUAGUGACUGGCAGUAUGACAGCCACUAGAGGCACUGCCACUGCACUAACAGAUUAAAACUCUGUUAUGUGACAUUUAAGUCCCCAUAGAAAAGCAUUGAUUCAAUGCUAGAAAGCACAGUGAAAUUCCUACGCAUGCCUAGCUUAACACUUGGGCAUUCGCUGCCGUCUGAAAUUUGAACAGGAAUUUUGGCUAUUCGUUUGUCAGAAAGGCGAAUGAACAAAUAGAAAUUAAAAAGAAUGAAGAUCGGGGGCGUUGCUAGCUGUGCAACGGAUCAGACUUAUAUCUAAGAAGAGCUCCCGCUCUAUUUUACAAAUUGACUGUAAAGCAACGGAAAUUGUUAGAUUUACCUGCACGAUUAACAUUCUGAACCCCCCCUAAAGAUGGGGCAAAAACACAGGAAACUGGCUCAGGCGGAGGGCUCCCUCCUAUCUGACAUACGCAGGUCUUUUGAUAGGCCACAACAAUAAGAUGGCGCACGGGAGACCACAAGGCUCCAGCGAGUCAGAGGACUUACAGGAGGAAGAGAGCACCAAGUGGAGUAUACCGGAGAACAGACUCUGACAUAUCUCCAUCGACAAAAGGGGAUAUUAAGAAGUUCCUGCUCGACCUACGGGCAGUCUCCAAGGUGGACCUAGCUGGCAUACAAUCAGAGAUCGGGAGUCUAACCCGACGGGCUGGAGAGAUGGAAUCCUGCGAGGGAGAACAUGAGGGUUAACUGACAGAGACCCGAUCCCAGGUGGCAACACUCUAAUUACAAGUCCAGCGUCCUACCUGCACAGUUACUUCUCUCGAAGCGCGGCACUAUCAGAGGAACAUCAGGUUACGAGGGGAACGGAGUCAGAGAGCCCAUAAGCUCUACUGGAAUUUGCAAACAAGAUGGCUGGAAUAUUGGGGGUAAAAGGAGAUCAUGAAGCUGCGCCAAUAGCAUCAGCAUUCCAUAUUCAAAAGGCCCCGACCACCCCUGCAGAUGCACCCAGGGAAAUUAUAGCCAUUACCGGAGAUGUUUCUAUUAAAUGGCCAUCUGGGCUUGCUCCAGAAAUUGUCCCACCAUCAAGGUGAAGGACUACACUAUUAGGAUCUAUGAUGACUUCUCAUUCUCGGUCCUGUUGGACAGACAGAGAUUUCUACCAGUCACCAAACUGCUAAGGGAACACAGUGUCAGAUACCGACUGGGAACAUUGGGAACUUUGGUGGUACCCCAUGGAGAUACCGUACUGACUAUCAGCGGUGGAAGAUCCAGCGGCCCUUCUGAGUACCUUGGGCCUGCCAAUUACGUCACCUGUGAGGUUCAGGGGAGAUGUAGUCUCACCAAAGGGAACACCUGGUUUGGAGACAGAAGUCCAGGGCAUGGUCCAGGAACCCCCAUAGAAUUCCCCAUCCAGCUGAGAAUGCCUCAGGCAACCAAAGGGUUUAUACAAAACCCACAUUCUACCUGUUUAAUUACAUACUACCUGCACAAUUGUUGAAUGAUGUUUUGGUUGACUAUUUUCUUUUCUUUUUUUAUCCACGAUGACUAACUAACCAGGCGGGGGGCAUCCACGGGAAAGAAAGGCGGCACAGAGGAGCAUAUGGGGGUAUGACAGCGGAGUUGUUGGUGAGCGCCUUCUAGGUAUAAAAGUCUUUACCAUAGGACCCCAGACAGCCGAAUCCUCAGCCUUCCUAUAGUGAGACACCUUACAGAGGAGGGAUAGUUGCACUGGAUCCUUUGGACACAGUAGGCUAACAGGGACCCCAACGUCCCACAUAUCUGAGGCUGCCAAAGGAAUUACAAAUAGACCAUAUGCUUGGCCUGCUGGCCUAUAUGCUACCUUCAUUACUGUAGAUUGUUGUUUUCAUCGACUAUCUUUUUUGUUGAACAUAAUUUUGUAUAAGCGGGCCAAAAACCUAUCCUGACAGGGAACAUGGACGGGAAGGUGAGGGAGUAUAUGGGCAAAUGGGAGUAUUAGAGGCAGUCUUGUCUGUAUGAGCACAGAGACGAGGGGAAUGCUGAAUACGGCCCAGACCCGCUGGCAGCUGUACCAGCCUCCGCAUCAAGCACCAGCAGCAGGUAACUGCUCCUAGAAUUACAACCCACCUUUCAUGGAGUUCCCCUGCAUGGGCGCACUGGGAUCCAACAAGAAGCACGAGACAGUAUACCAGGGCAGAGUGCAUUGGGAUAGUGACAUGGAAGGGGACUUGAUAGAGGAGUGGGCCUUGGAUUACCUUUAAGGGCUCUGUUUUUAUUGUUUGUUGUUCUCAAAUUUAGUUUUUUUGUGUCAUGUACCUGUUUUUAUGCUAUAAUCAGCUGUAUUACAUCAUGCAAUGUCUGAUAUAUUUCUGCAUUGCCAAAAUGUAUGGAAGCAAUCCACAUAAAAAAUUAAGAAUUAAAAAAAAAAAACUAAAUACAGUAAAACGUAUCUUGAUACAAUCAACAGUAAAAGUGCAGUUUUUGUGUAAAAAAAUGCAAAAAACUAAUAAAAACACUAACUCACUAAAAAAUAAUUUUUUUUUAAAAAGAUUGUUUGUUCAGUUUAUUACAAGGAGGGAGCUACCGGCUCUCAGCUCCAUCCCUGUAAUAUGUAAAAAGAGUAGUGACUCCCUGCCAUUUACUAAACCUCCCGCCAUGUCCCUCUCACUCUAUGGGGGUAAAUAUGACCCCCAUAUUAGCAUAUGAGAGAUUCAAAUCUCCCUCCAGCCCCUACUCGCUAUGCCGCAUGUAGGGGCAUGUAUACUAAACAGUAAGCAGUCAGUGGGUCACAAUGGGCAACAGGUGGGAGCCCUAAGUGACAAAGGGGGGAGGAAUCAAUUGUCUACCCCUCCCCCAAUAAAAUACAAUUCUACCUACCUCACUCACCCUAAUAAUAGUGAGGGGGGAGCAAUAAAUAAUUACCUAAACACUUUUUUUUUCAUACUUACCAUUAGAUGUCUUAUUUUUUUCUAAAAUCUUUUUCUAAAAAAAGACCUGAUUGGGGAAAGGCAAGUUCAGCAUGACAGUGCAACUUUAAGCCCUUCAUGACCAGACCGUUUUUAAUUUUCUUACCGUUAAGGACUAGGGCUCUUUUUACAUUUCUGCGGUGUUUGUGUUUAGCCUUAAUUUUCCUCUUACCCAUUUACUGUCCCCACACAUAUCAUAUACCGUUUUUCUCGCCAUUAAAUGAUCUUUCUAAAGAUAAUUAUUUUCAUCAUAUCAUAUAAUUUACUAUAAAACAAUUAUAAAGUAUGAUGAAAAAAUUCGCGGCGAGCUCCGGUCAGCUGACACAUCCCGGCCAAUCUCCAGCAGACCCUCCCUCCUCCUGGACAGCAUCCAUGUUGAACAUGGAUGCUGUCCAGGAUGUGGGAGGGUCUGGGAGGGAGGGUCUGCUGGAGAUUGGCCGGGAUGUGUCAGCUGACCGGAGCUCGCGGCGAAUCGCGGCGAGCCGUUCGCGGGAAGUUCGCAAACGGUUCGCGACAUCACUACUGUUGAUAUAAAAAUUUAUAUGAUUUAGCUUUAAAUUUAUUUUAUUUGUAUAAAGAAAAAUUAUUUUAUUAUAUUUGGACGUUUAGUUCAUUUCUUAAUACACAUGUGCAUUAAGGACAUUGGAGAAAGUUAUCUCUAUCCGAAACCGGAAGUUUACUGAUAUAGAAGGUGUCAUGACCGCUGACCCGGAAGUGCCCCCUCGAACACGCAACGUAACCGGAAACCGGAAGUUAGAUGACGGCAAUGUAACCGGAAACCGGAAGUGAACGGAUGAAGAAAAAAUUUUUGCGCCUUUUUUUGAAGAUAUAUAAAUGUUUUUGUUGUUUAUUACAUUUAGCACUUUGAUAAAGACCAUAGCGGUUGAAACGCGUUAGUGCAUUUUAUUUGUGAGAUUCCGUUUUUAUGCUGAUUUGUAUGCAAAUAAAGGGUUUGUUCCUGCAUCUAUCCUCCACUUGGUGUCUAUUUAAAAUCAUACAAGGGGACAUUUUCCAGUGAACAUCCUGAUUUGUGUCCCAGCAUUGUGGUCUCCAGAUUAUUGGAAAGGCGCUUGUAGUCUGAGCCAAUCUUUACAGCUCAGCACCACGUGAGUGGGAGAUUUUAUAUCUAUUUCUACCUACUUUUCAUAUACAGGCUAUGCUAUGUUCUGUAUUUUUUAUAUUUUAGGACAUAUGUUUCAAUGAGUCCAGAGAUAUAAGGUAAAAUUGCAUGUUUCGUAUAUCCUUUAAUAUUUACACCUGGUGUAUGUAUUUUGCUCUCACCAUACUAUUGAUUUUAUUUUGUUGUAUGUUUUCUGUGUGAUUUGGAGUGACUCACACCUGGUGAUUUAGAGCAUUCACUCAAUAUUUUUCCCCUUUUUUUUGUAUGGUUUAUACCACAAAAAUAUGAAGAUUAAAAAAAUAUAAACAAUAAUAUAACAGAGCGAACCCACAAAUAAUAUUGCCUACGAUUACUUGAGCGUACGAUUUCUCUCUUAAGUUUAUUAAAACAUACUUAAUGGCGGAGACAAGCCACGGAUCUGAUUGGCCGCAAGCACUUGGAGCUCCGGACCACACGAUAACUCUAAACCCUUUAACAUGGCCAUAUCUCCCCACAAACAACAUCAAACCGAACAUCCAGCCACAAGAAGGAGAUGGGCUGAAAAACUAAAAAUGCAAAGCCCGACAACUCUAGGCAGAACAGCAGUAUUGGAGACCUAUGGCGGCAGGCCCGCAUCCAAGCGACCACCAACAUGGCCGACUGUGUCGACGGCGGCUCUGACAUGUCGGACGAUUUUACAAGCGGGGCUGACAGGCACGACUCACCUAUCCUGGCGGCACCUCCCCGAGCUCACCCUCUGCCAGAUACAUCUCCGGUGACCACAGCAGUCAUUUAGCUCACCAUCCGAGCAGACAUGGCCCAGAUACACGGAGACCUGCAAGGCCUGAUAGGCCGUCUGAGUGCACUGGAAACCAACUCCCAUCGAAACACACAGGACACAACGCAACUGCAUAAAGCAGUUCAUGACCUGCAACAGCAGACCCACACGAUGGAUCUAAAGUUUGAAGAAUUAGAGAACGUAGCCUGAAUUGCAAAAUCAGGGGCAUUGGCGAGGAGAUACCAGAGGCGGAGGUACCACACUUUAUCUGGCGCCUGCUGUCCGCCCUCCUGCCCCCUCGACAGGCCAAACAAGCGGCACUGGGAGAGAUGUCCCGCCUCCCAAGACCAGCUAAGGCCCCGGCCGAAGCACCAAGGGAUCUCCUGGUACGCUUUCUGAACCACGGAGAAAGAACAACGGUCCUCCAAGCUAUUGGAACCAAUUGCCAUAUCUGUUUGAGGGCAAGCACCUUUCAAUAUAUGCAGAUCUAUCGAGGACGACUCUGGCAUGGUGCCGCACGAUGAAACCAUUCACAGCCCUACUCCGCCUGCACGGGAUCAUAUACCAGUGGAGGAGACUCAGGGCACUACAGAUCCAACACGACGGCGCAACAUACAAGGUCUAAGACAUGCAGAGAGCCACAGACCUCCUGCCCACUCUGGAGUUACAAAGGGAUUCCCUAUCCAGAGCAGGACCAACCCACCCAGCGGAACCGCCAGCCUCGAAGGAUCCUGCGAGACAGACACAGAUUGCCCCCAGACAGGCUGAACUGAGAGCCUCCACAGAGACCGCUACCUGAAUGAUCCAAGGACUGACCUGCACCUUCAAAUAGCCCUCGUGCUAAAUGAACUUGCCGCACCGGGCAACCGGGAUUCCUAUCCCACUGUAGUUUUUUGGGGGGGUUUUUUCUCUCUUUUUAUUUUUUUCCCCACAUCAGAGUAUGGUAAUUUUUGUUUCAUUGCUUAAGUGAUCAGAAAUGAAGUUGUCAAAUACCAAAUCAUCAUAUGUUUUGUUAAAUUUCUCUUUCAUUCUUUAUCCUUAUCCGCUUUAUUUCUGCUUUUUUUUAAUUUAUUUUUUAUUUUAUUUAUCUAGUCACUGUUACAAUUUUAUUAAACAUUUAGAUACAUAACUAACUAACAAACAUAUAAACGUUUGCUUGGUUCAUGGUGCGAGAGAAAAAUAAAUAAAUUCCCUUAUCAGGCUCGGGGAGGGGGCCCAGACAUUUCUCUGAACAGAUGUAAACCAUGCAGUUAAAUAAAGAAGGAAAAGAUAAAAAAUAAUUAAUAAUUAAACAGGAAAGAUCCACUAUGAAAAGAGCAGGUAAUGAAGAAAACCUCCUUAUUCAGGGUCCAAUUUUUUUUUUUUGUAAAUCUGUUUUAUUUGUGUUGUCAAAGUCGAGAAAAAAUAGGACUCGCAGGUCCCAAGAGACAUAUCACACUCUACAAUAGUAUGAGCACCAUUCAUUAGUGUAGGUAACAUGACAUGUGGGAACGUUCUCGGGCUCGCAGGCCCACAAUAUUGCCGGACACGCAGGUCCCUGGUAUUUUCUAGCGUCACAGCUAUGGUUUUUGAGUGCACCAAUUUUCACUGUUUACCCAGGCGUUAAUCUGAUCAUGGGCGUUGGGGUGGGAAACUGUCCGGACUCUGUUCAGUCCCUCUAUUGCUGUUUACGUGUCAGAGUUAUUCAGACAUUGUUUGGUGGUCAUCUGAUUAUGGUAGGAUUUGUACGUGUGGACCUGAGUUCUCUUUUUGUCGCGUGCCCGCGGUUCUGUCAUCAGAUAUCAUGUCUGUUCCUUCUGCGUAUCUGAACGGUUGUUGCAUGUCCCCUUACUACUUAUCCUUUUCCCUUGUCCUGUGACGUCGUUGAGCGUAAGCUUUUAAUUUUCUUUCUGUAUUUUCAUAUUUGUCGUGUGUCCAGGUUUAUACUUGGGCGUAGAGAGUUAUGUUGUCUUGUUUCUAAUUUUUAGUUUAUUUGCUAUUAUGUCUGUGGUCGCUCAGCAUGUGUUACUUGUGUGUGUUGCUGUUUUGUGUGCUCCAUGGCUGCGAUGUUUGUUAUGUGUCCUCCAUUUUGGAGUUCGUGUCUCUCUGUUCUAUUCGUAAUUAAUAUCUGCUACUAGUGUGAAUAUCUCCUUUGUUCUCCACAUUCCUUCAUAUCAUGUGUGUGUGAAGGUCUUCCCCUUUUGAGGAUAGGGAGGGGAAGUGGGGGGGGGAGGGGACGGGGGGUGGAGAGGGAGGGUGUCUGUCCCCAAUCCUGAGCUCGUUCCAGCUCUCCCGGUUGGGUGCACUUUUUCUGCGUCCUGUCUAAAGCGAUGUACAAUAUCCAGGGCAUCCACACUUCUGUAUGUUUUUCCUCCUUUCCUAUUGUUUCUGCUAUUUUGGCUUCUGCCCUUCUUAUAUCUUCUACUUUAUUCUUCCAUUGUUCUAUUGUGGGUAUAUGUUCCUCCCUCCAGUGCAGUGGGAUUAGGGAUUUAGCCGCAUUUAGCAGGUGUCUCAGGAUUGACUUUUUGUAAGAGGGUAUGGGUCAUUCCGUGUGGUGUAUGAGAGCCGCUCCCAUUGUCAGGUCUAUAGGGUCUCCUAGGAUGUGUUCUAUUUCCUGCUCGAUGUUCUCCCAGUACGGUUUAAUUUUAUCGCAGUCCCACCAGAUGUGCUUCAGGGUUCCGGGGCUGUCUCCGCAUCUCCAGCAGAUGUUCGGAAUGGUUUUAAGUGUCCUGAAAAAUGCCUGCGGAAUCGCCUGUGGGGCUGUGUGAAAUAUGUAGAGUAGCCUAGGUAAAACAUUCAUUUUUAUCACUGCAAUUCUCCCCAGCCAAGAUAUGUGGGGGUAGUGCCAUCUUUUGAGGUCCUCGAGAAUGGUCUUCAGAAGGGGUAUGUGAUUUUGGGCAUAGAUGUCUUUGGCCUCGCGUGUGACCCACAGCCCAAGAUAUUUCAUUCGGCUUGGGCACCAGUGGAAAGGGUAUUGCCUUUUAAUCUGAGCGCAUUCUUCCUCAGGGACGGUGACGUUUAAGAUUUCGCAUUUCGUCAGGUUCAAUUUGAGUCCGGACAAACGUCCAUAUGUUUCGAAUUCCGACAUUAACUGUGCGGCGGAGGUUAGUGGGUUCUCGAGAAAGAAUAGCAUGUCAUCCGCGUAUGCGGCCACUUCAUUUUUCCUAAUGCAGUCUAGAAGCGGCUCCAGCGUGAGGGCGAAUAGUAGAGGUGACAGCGGGCAACCCUGCCUCGUGCCAUUCUUGAUGUGGAAGUUGUCCGUGAGUGCCCCAUUUACUCGAAUUCUGGCAGUCGGUUGGUUGUAUAGUGCUGUGAUCCAUGUGAGCAUGCCGUUUCCAAUACCUGUCGCACGUAGUGUCUCCGUAAUGAAGUGCCAGUCUACUCUGUCGAAGGCUUUUUCAGCGUCUGUCGACAGCAGUAGUAGCUUCGUUCCCAUUUUCUUUGUUAGAUGCUGUAUGGCGAAUAACCUUAGGGUGUUGUCCCUGGCCUCUCGGUCUGGGUGUAUUAGUCUAGUCAUGUGUCUUUGUAGUCUUUUAGUCAGGAUCUUCGAGAACAGCUUGACGUCCGCAUUGAGGAGUGAGAUUGGGCGGUAGUUUCCGACCUGUUCGGUGUUCUUGCCCGGCUUCGGGAUUACCGCUAUUGUUGCAGCCAGAGUCUCUUUGUGGAAGGCUGUGCCUUCCCUCAGGCUGUUCAGAGCUCUGGUGAGAUGUGGUACGAGGGUGUGUUCGAAUUUCUUAAGAUAUUCCACCGGGAAGCCGUCCGGGCCCGGUGUUUUCCCUGUUUUCGCUUCUUUCAGUGCUAGUCGGAUUUCCCCUUCGGUGAUCGGAGCUUUGAGUUCCUCUGCCUCUUCCGGUGUGAGGGCGUUCGGUUGGAAAUUCCUCAGGUAUGCUGCCGUUUUGCGGCCCUUGGGGGGGUCUCCUUCGUCCUCGUUUAUAUUGUACAGUUUAGUGUAAAACUUUUUAAAUUCAUUUGCGAUUUCUUCCGGAAAUUGCGUGAUACGGUUGCGUGUGGUAUGUAUCGCUUGUACCUGUGCCCUGCCCUGUGUGCCCCUCAGCAUCUGUGCUAGGAGUUUGCCUCCCUUGUUGGCGUGUGUGUAGAAGAAGGCGCGCAAACGCUGUAUUGUUCUUGCAUGUCUGCGUUCCAAAAUCUCUGCCAACUGUUUUCUAGUCGCUAUCAGGGUCCUGUAGGUCUGUUCUUGUUGAUCCAGUUUGUGUGCCGUUUCCAACUCUGAGAUUUGUCGUGCGAGCUCCCUGAUUUGCUGACCGGCCUCCUUCUUGCGCUGUGUGGCCAUGCGGAUAAGGUGGCCCCUGAUCACGCUUUUAUGAGCUUCCCAGAGCGACAUGGGUGUCACGUCUUCCGUGUUGUUCUCUUCAAAGUACUGGUUUAGGUGUUCUGCGAUCUUCUCCUUCGUCGUUGCGUCCGUCAGCAGGGAGUCGUUUAGCCGCCAGGCCGUUUUAGUCGAUCUGAACAGGGGUGAAGCCACAGUUUCCUGAGCCGCGCUGUGGUCCGACCAUGUCGUGGAGAGGAUAGCUGUUUUCUGUACGUACGUGAGUCCCUCUUGUUGCACCAGGAUAUAGUCGAUUCUGGAGUAUCUGUCGUGGACCUUGGAGUAGUACGUGUAGUCCCUCCCCUCUGGGUUGAAUGCUCUCCAUGUAUCUACCAGCCUCAGAUGCCUGAGGGCUUUGUGCACUGUCUUUAGUGCCGCUGUUGGUUCACUGCUAUGGCCCUUGGAGGUGUCCAUCCUGGGAUCCAGUGGUACAUUAAGAUCGCCUCCCAGUACGAGGGUGCCCUCCAUGAAUCGGGAUAACUUUGUCAGUGUUCUCCUGAGGAAGCUGGCUUGGCCACUGUUGGGUGUGUAUACCGUGGCGAAGGUAUAGACCUUCCGUGCUAUCUCGCCCUUGACGAAAAGGAAUCUGCCUCCCGUAUCCGAUAGCGUGUCUGUUGGCGUGAAUUGUAGGUGUGAUGCCAGGAGGAUUGCCGUUCCCGCUUUAUGCGCCGUUGGGUGGUUACUAUAGUAAUUCGUUGGAUACGUUUUAUCUUUGAGCAGUUUGUUUGUAUCUGGUCUGAGAUGCGUUUCUUGGAGCAUUGCCACUGACACAUGUUGUUGUUUGAGACUGCGCAAGAGGUGCGACCUUCUUUCCGGGAUGUUAAGUCCUCUGCAAUUUUGGGAGUGCACCACUAAGGGUGACGGUAUAUACGCCAUUCGUGUACCCCGCAGUACCGAAUGGGUCAGCUCCGCCGUUCCUUCCCUCAGGACUGGGAGGGUGUCACGAGCACUCUCCUACGGGUCGGCCCUGACGCGCCCCGGCAAGCCCCCUCCUGGGUUGGUACGGGUGAUCAGGGAGGGUACGGUAGGGUAGGGGUAGUAUAGGGUGGUGUUUGUGUGUUGUGUUUCCUGUCGUGGGUUGUUAGGGGUCGGGUGUAAGUGUUCGCCUCCCUUUUGUGUCCAAGGGUCAGACUGGCUGUCCUCCUCUCCUUCUAUCGCCGUGUGUGUGUUAGUGCAAAUGGUGUUUGAUUGUAUUCCAGCUCCCAAUGUGGGAAGGCUCUGUGUAACUGGGUAGAUAUUCAGAGCCGUACCGCCGGCGUCUACGUCCGGCUGGGCGUCGGCAGUGGGUCUCCCAAUGGUUAGUCUACACGGGUAUUACGUCAGGUAGUGGCCUGUACCUUGUAGUGUGUUUGAAAUAAUCUAUUAGUGUGUUGUGGGUCAUCAUACCCACUAUAUAUGUAGCUAAGCGGGUGCACCAUGUUGUACAGUAGGAGUGGCUCCGUGGUAACCUUGUCAAUGAGGUGGUAUUUGCGUCUGUCAUGACCUAAGCCUAGGUCUGUGUACCACGUGCAGUUAGCGUGACGAGUCAUCUCCCUAUAUAGCGGUCAGUCGUCUUGCUUACGGUGAGAGUCGGGGAGGUCCAAUUUUUUAAUCCAUUUAUCCCAAUAUGUAUAGUGCUGGCCCUUAUUUGGUGCAAAAUUAGUUAUGGCCCUUUCCAUUUUACAUUGAAUAAUGCUUUGAGCAUGAAUCUUAGAUCAGUUGUCUACCUUAGAAGAUUUCCAGUUCCGGGCUAUUGAGGUUUUCACAGCCAUUAAGAUCCGCACUAGCAAUCCCACCAUAUAUGUUUGAAGUCUGCAAUUAAUUCAUUGCAUCUCCAGCAAUUAGGUGGGGAUGUAGAAUACAUUUUUUGCUAUUUUGUAUGGGGUACUAUACCAUCUAUUUAGUAUUUUAUAAUGGGUUUCAUGUACAUUUAAACAGUGACAGACUUUGUAUAUCGUAUUAAGGGAGUUGUUCCAUUCUUUCACCAGGUCCGGAUUCCAUUUAAUAAUUGCCAGGGGAGUUGAUUUACUCUGAGUCUUGUAAAUAAUUUUUUGGCAUUUAUUUGCCAAGUGGGUAUAGUCUGACUGCUCAUAUAAGUCUGAAAGAAGCUUAACUGGUGGUUCAAGAGGGGUAGGGCUUAGAAAUGUGUUUAAAAAGGAUUUAACCCUAAUCUAAAUGAACCAAUCGUUAGGAGGUAUAUUAUAUUCAGUUUGGAGUUGUUCAUAAGAUUUUACGCUAUUUCCUGUCAUGAGAUUAGAUAUCGUUUUUAUACCUCGCUUGAUCUAGAUUUCUAAAUUUAUAUCUGUCUUUAUAUCUGCCAAUAUACUUAAGUUUAUGCCAGGGAUUAUCUUCUUUUUUAGCCCUGUGGCAAACCUAGCCACUUACAGAAUGUCCUUGUAUGUAUCUUGCUAUUACUGCAUUGCUAUUCCUAUCUAUGGCAAAACCAGCCACUUAAAGUGUAACCCCUACCCUGAAUGUAAUAUGAUGUUAAAUUUUGUAUUUAUUGUGUAUUAAUAUUGUUUUUGUAUUUUAUUGUACCCUAAUGUAACAAUGCAAUGAUUUGUGGACCCAGGACAUACUUGAAAACGAGAGAAAUCUCAAUGUAUCUUUCCUUGUAAAAUAUUUUAUAAAUAAAUAUAAAUAAAUGAUGUAAAGUGUAUCCCUGUGUACUGCUUGGUAUCUCCUAACCCAACCUUUCUCCUACCUGGGACUAAGGGAAGUGUAUUGUGAUGAAUGCAGACCCCCCCUGCGGAGGUCUGUGCUUAAAGGAAGCUGUAAUCAUUAAAGAGUGGGACUCAGCCUGGUGAGAUGCCAGUGCUUUAACCUCCAAACUGUGUGUCGUCCUUUUUCAUGGAGGGAGGAAGAUUUUAACCCCUGUGUCUGCUGGUUCAGCUUACAGGGAAUUCAGAAGAUUUAACCCCUGUGUCUGCUGUUCCAGCUUGCAGGGAGAUGAAAAUAGGGGAAAAGUCCUGGUAAGGACUGAGAGUCUCCAGGGCUGAGUGUUGUCUCAGCCUGGGAACAGGACACAAGGAACAGGUCCCGCUACAAGCCCAAUUUUUUUUUUUUUUUGUAGAGACAAGGCGGGAAAAAUGUGUUGAGCUGUCAUUGAUUUUGAAUUUUUAAUACAGUGAUUUGUUUCUUUAUCCAUUGGCCAUAGAAGAGUUCUGUAAUCCCUGUCUCCCGAAGUCCGAGUCUCUUCACUUUUGUACCAUUAUUAAUUUACAGAGUCUUCCUUGUUUAUCAAUAAGACAAGUAGAUUUUUUUUUUUUUUAAUUUCCACACUCCUGUUUUUUUUUUUUAAACAAAUACAAUUAUAAAGCAUGGAUAUAAAUGAACACUCACACUGAUUCUAGUAUCAUCAGCACUGUGCUAAUAAAGGAUAGCGCCUCCCACACAGCCAAAUCAGAUGAAAUCAGUAGACUCCAGGCAGAGGAAGAGUAUAUAUAGAUGUGAACACAAUAUAAUGCCAAUGAGCUCAAAACAUAAAGUGCACAUAUACUUUGUAUCAAUAAGUAUCCUUUGGUCGAUUUUGUUUAGCUGAAGAUUUUGCUUCAUCAGUUGAGUGUUCUACAAUCAGACACACCAACAAUAUCGAGCACCUAGAAAAGAGUGAUAUUUGGAUAGAAAAGAGGGACAGAAGGUGUUGGGCCCGAAAUAGGAACUGUCCCUCCUAAAUAUGGAUACGUGUGCAUUUUCUGUGUACUUUUCAACCAUAUUAGAAGUUUUCACACACGCAGACACACACCCACACACACACACCAACACACAGCCCAUGGUGAGUAUACACUAUGAUAUUGUUGUGAAACUCUAGUACGAAAAAUAUUGCUUAUUUCAUUACCAAGGUGAUGCUGUCCUUUGUCUCUGUAGCAACAGUGAUGCAUCCUGCCACAAAAACCUUUGGAGAGAGGAAAAAUGUAUUAAUUUUGGUGGUACACUAUGCAUGCACACAGUUUAACAAAAUGUGUGGGUGCCAUAUAAUAAUAGCAAAGGGCAUCAAUAUACAAUCAUACUUGUUUGGACUUCCCAACUACAUCUUUUAUAUUGUAUUCCGAUCUUCACUGAUAACUAGAAACUGGAGAAUUGUGAGGGACUCUGUAACACCACACAUUACAAUUGCUGAUUUUAUAUCAUUAAAAAAAUAAUCUAGUGAAGUCAGAAAAAUACAAGGGCACAACGCAAAAUUAACAUGUUUUGUAACUGCUGAUUGCCAGUGCCUAAUCACAGACUAGUAGUCCGAUUUGAUGACAUGGAUGUCCUCAUGCUGCUGAUUGUCUGUGUUCCUAAGUGAUCAACUUGAACAUGCUUAUUGAAUAACUGGUAAGAAUUCCCCCUGGGCCUUAACCUCCACUGGUGGCAUGAGUGCUAAAGAUAUGCAUCUAUUCAGUUAUUCAGUUGGCCCCACCGUUUUCAGUCAUUUUAAAUGUCAUAUAUCAUGCUUACUUUUAAAGCUUCUAUUUAGCAUAUACAACCUACACUGUAGUUUGUUAUUUGUUAGUAUAUUCGUACUGCAUUAUGGUCUAUAUUGGUGCCCUUAUGGAUUUGUGAAUAGGAUACAAUAGUAAGUUAGACCAACUCAUUAUUCUAAAUGUGUGAGCCUAUGACAGCCAAUACUAACCAGCACAUCAGUAUUUCAUAUUCAUAUUCAAAGGCGGCUCUAUUACUGAGCAACAAUGUCGGCUGUUACAACCACAUUUAUUUGAGCCCUCUUUAUGCUUAUUGCUGACAUUUUAUGUCCCCAUCUUGCUAAAUCAACAUAUAUACUUACCUAACAGCCUUGUUGUCAAGACAGCUUCUCUGCUAAUGUUUGUGUUUUAUCACUAUUGACAGUCUUGACAAAUUUGUCUAGCAUGUUUAUUUUCUUGUUUUCCUUACCAAAAUAAAUGAGGCAGUCAGAUCUAGGAGUAUAUCUUGUCAUACUGUGAAAAAUAUCUUGUGUACAACCCGAUAAACUCCUUUUCUUUUUUCUGUACCACCUGAAUCAAAUGACUUAAUAAAAGAAAGAUUGACAAAAAAAAAAAUAUUCAAAGGCAGCUCUCUAAUUAGGUGAUUUAACUUGCUGCCUAAGGCCUUGCGGCAGCCUAAAUCACCUUAGGGAAGACCGAUCCGCCAGGUAUUCAGUCUGUGACUGAGGACCCGACAUAGGGAGGGGGCCCGGCGGCUUGCCCUUGAUGCCUCCAGGUGCGGGGCCCCUCUCCACACAGUGCGACCUCCUGUCUAAUUGUGAAGUAAGCGUAUUACAAUCUCAGAGCAUUGCUGCGGGUUAUCUUGGCAAUGCUCUGACAGAGGCACGUGGUCUUCAGCUCUGUACCCAGCGGAGCAGCAAACAGGACACUGACCUACGGGAAGUAGGGAUAUGGAAGGCAUGUACCGUCAUGCAGUAUCCCACUUUGACGCAAGACUCCAGAAGUGGCUACAGGAUAUUCUGCGCUGUAUUGAUGACCCUAUCUCAGUAAGGAGAAAACUAGAAUGGAGGAUGGCGCUCCAAAACGAUCUCUGGAAGGAGGACCUCGAUGAAAUUCGACCCUUUCCGGAGCGAGGCCCUCCCGACCACCAACCAGCGCCGAUGGGAACAACUGAAGUUGCUGAUGCCGUUCCUGGGAGAACAGCCAUUAGAGGACUGGGUAAUAGAACUGAAGACGCUGGUCAUGACUGAAGUGUGACUGGAUGACUCAUACUGAAGUGUGGUCAUGACUGAAGUGUGACUGGAUGAUUCAUACCGGGCCUUGCAGUGGCAUGCGGCAAGCCUCUACCCGUGGCUGGUUGAGCAUAAAUGCAUUGAGGGAGAGAACUACGAAUGCCCUGCACUUUUGUGGGAGGCUUUUCCGCAUGGCAGAAAUUCAACAGAAAAAAACAAACAUUAUAAUAUUUUACAUAAUAUAUUUUAUUACAGCAUACUUUAUUAUAUCAUGGGUUAGAGUCCCAUGUUAAGUUGUAUAAGAGAAAAAAUAAUAUUUUAUUAAGUUGUAUAUAGUGGAUAUAGCAAUCCCACUGAGUGACCAAAUGUAGUCACUAUAUUGGAUGCACGGUUUGGAUACAGUAGAAUAAAUUUCUAUUAUUUUUAUUAUUUGUUUAUUGCAGUGCUGCAUGUAUAGUUGUAUUUUUUAAAAGUCUCAUAUAUUGUAAAGUGUUAUCUGUGUGAAGUUGGAAAUGGGCUCCGGUAAUGGUAAAAAUUCCCAACAAAAUUCUGUACAAUUUAAAUAAUCUAAAGAUGUCCCUAAUAGUGCUGCGUCAUGUACUCCUCAAGUCAAGUCUCAGGGUCCUUGAUUAGGCCAAACUCCAUGCCAGUUAGUUCAAGAAACUAUUGGAGAUUACUAUGCUGAGCCAUUGUGUACAAAUGUAGUUGCAUGAUCAGAGAAUUGUGAUACUAUGAUUUGUAAUCCAUGGCCAAGAGAGGGUUAUUUUAGUUAUUUUAAUUUGCAAAUGCUGAAAGGUAUGUGUAUUAAAGGUUUUAAAAAGUGGGGUCCAGGCAGAGAUCCAAAAUGGGAUAAAAGGUAUAUGUAUAAUGCAGCUACAGGAUUGUUAAAGUGUGCUCAGUUAUGGGUUGUUCCUGAUCAGGCUACAAAGUAUGUUCAAGCCUCUGCAGCACCACCUGCUUAUGUGCUUUUUGUUGUACCAUUAUAUCCCAGUUUGGAUGAAUUAAAAAAUGAUUUUUCGGAUGAUGAUACUGAUGAAAUUUUAAUGGCGAGAGGGAACAGGCAUGUUGGACAGAUGGUUGUGAAUCCUUCUGCAAUGGUGAGAUCCACUGCCGCAAGUGUUGAUGUUAGUAUGAAAGAUGAGAAAGUGACUAGAAAGUCUGUGGAUGUUGCUGCAGGAAAUAAGCAUGUUGAUAAAAUUAAGUCUCUUCUACCUGUUACACUGGAACACAACAAUCUAAGGAUGCUGACCCGUGCUAUAUCUAGAGAUAAAUUACUGACAAAAGCUAGAAAUGCUUGCUCAGGGUCCAAUCAUUAUUAAAGACGGCCCUGUACACAUCUAUUGGGCUCCCAGUGCCCUGACUUCCACCACAACCACUUACACAUCUAUAGGACUCCCAGUGCCAGGAAUUAGCUUAUUGGUCAAGAUUCCGGUCAUCAUUCACGUAAUUUCCCCUUCCUCUCUCUUGUUUUGCCACUUUUCAGAAAUCUGAAUCAGUUCGGCACUUCCGAACUACCGAACUUUGACACUUCGGACAUUCAUAAGCAUCUGAAUGUCCGAAUUGCACGAAAUUCGUCCGAAUGUACAUGCGGAACAAAACAAAUUGCACAUGUCUAUUUUUCAUGUAAACACUGUAUUUUCAGAGAAAAUACAGUGUUUACCUUAGAGCCUAGGAACACCUCCAGUGGCAGUCACUCAGACGGCCACUAGAGGGAUUUCCUAGUUAAGUCUUGCAUGAUGUGCAGUACUCAGGUUUGACGUCUUCACAUUUAGCUGAAGACUUCAAACGUAGUAUGAGGACAUUGCAGGCACUGUGAACGCACCUGCAGUGUCUUGUAGUAGCGCCUGAGGCUAUCUGCAGUCAGAGGUGAUCCUGCACACACAACGUCGACCCUGUCUGACAGGCAGCUGAAGGCAGAAGGCAGGAGGCUGGAAACUGAGCAGGAGGAUCCGGAGAUCUACUGGACUUCAAACAGUAAGUAAACUUAUAGAAAAAAGUACUUCCCAGGUAAACAACCUAAUAGGGAGUACCAGAAAGGGAGGGUUAGUGGGGUGGCAAAAAGGGCAUAACCCUGCAUAGAGCACAAAAGAAAAAAGAUGAAGGACAUGAUCACCCCGUAAAGAAAAUGGGCUGGUCACCUUCAGGCCACCCCAAAAUGACGUCUCAAGAAACAUAAUAAACAACUUUUAUUGGAAAACUAGAGAACAAACAGAGUUCUAAAAAUAAAUGGAUAUAAAGGGCCUGGUUUCUGCAGAGAUAUAACUACGCACACAUGUAUCAAUCUCUACACAGUGUAGCAGACUCACUCAUAACAAUGUAGUAGCUAAGAUACAUGUAGCAAUAUGUAGUAAAUGGUGUCAUGCACCCGACCCCACAGGGUUAACACUCUGGUAUAGAAAUCGAAAGGAUAGAGGAGGUAAUAAAGUGAGAAUGAAAAAUAAAGUGAAAAUAAACUGUCAAAGGUAAUACAACAGUAGUUGAAGGUUAUAUCUAACCACAAGUAGCUCACUAAGCCCCACCACCUUAAUACCGUGUUUCUCCAAAAAUAAGACCGGGUCUUAUAUUAAUUUUAGUCACAAAAAACACACUAGGGCUUAUUUUCAGGGUAGGGCUUAGAGCCAGUCUGUCAGCCGGUGUCUGCGCUGUGUAACCCCCCCAGAGACCCUCACCUCCCCCUCCCUAUAAUAUUCUCCCCUCCCUCCCUGUAAUACUCUCUCCCCUCCCUCCCUGUAAUAUUCUCCCCCCUCCCUCCCUGUAAUACUCUUCCCCCUCCCUCCCUGUAAUACUCUUCCCCCUCCAUGUAAUAUUCUCCUCCCUCCCUGUAAUAUUCUCCUCCCUCCCUCCCUGUAAUAUUCUCCCCCCUCCCUCCCUGUAAUACUCUCCCCCUCCCUGUAAUAUUCUGCUCCCUCCCUCCCUUCCUGUAAUACUCUCCCCCCCUCCCUCCCUGUAAUACUCUCCCUCCCUCCCUGUAAUAUUCUCCCCUCCCUCCCUCCCUGUAAUACUCUCUCCCCUCCCUGUAAUAUUCUCUCCCCUCCCUCCCUGUAAUAUUCUCCCCCCUCCCUCCCUGUUAUAUUCUCCCCCCUCCCUCCCUGUAAUACUCUUCCCCCUCCCUGUAAUAUUCUCCUCCCUCCCUCCCUGUAAUAUUCUCCCCCCCCUCUCUCCCUGUAAUACUCCCUUCCCCCUUCCCCCCUCCAAUCUUCUCCUCACCUGCUCUUCCCUGUAGCGUGGCCGAGCUCCAGGGAAGGGGAGGUGAGGCAGUGCGGCAGCCAUCUGAGCGCUCUCUAUAGAGCGCUCAGUCGGCUGUGGCAUUUAAAGGCCCGGCAGCGCCGGCCCUGCCUAGGUCUUAUUUUCGGGGUAGGGCUUAUAUUGCAGCCCACCCCGAUAAUCCAGCUAGGGCUUAUUUUCGGGGUAGGGUGUAUUUUCGGGAAAACAGGGUACAAGUGUCCAGAGCAACAAGAUAGCUCAAACAUUGGUGUAACACCCUGUAAUCCAGAAACACUGGGUUAAUCUAAAUGAAACAUGGACAGCCCAACGCGCGUUUCGGCGGUCUAACCGCCUUUUUCAAGGGCAAACAAAAAAAUAAUGAAGUAAACCGCAUACAAUUUCCCCCCCUAGAAUUAUUUAAAUGUCUUCCCGUACCUCCCAUCUGAUGUAAUUGGUUGUAGCUUGUCCAUACGUAAAUCCGUAUUGAGAGGGGGAGAUGGAAGUGACUGCGCAUGUCAAAGGAACCUCGCGCAUGCGUGUCCAACAGACUCCAAAGUUAGUGCGCAUGUCAGAAGAGUAGUAAUUAACGCGCAUGUCCGCUCACCAGCGGACACGCAUGCGCGAAGACUUCCUGCGUAUCUAAAAGGAUAAUAUCAAAAAACACCUUAAUAGUGCGCAUGUCCGCAGCCUAAUGGCCGCGCAUGCGCGAAAACUUAGACACGGAAUAAAUCACAUUAUCUAACCAAACACAUAUAUAUUUUAUUUAAAGAGACUAAAAAGAAUGGUAUAGAUCAGACUGAUCCAACAAAGGCUGGAUAUAUAAGAACAAAUAAAGAACAAAAAAUAAUAAUAAGGAGUAACUAUGCGAAAAAAGCAACAAGACAAAGUAAUGCAAGACAGAAUAUACAUAUAUAUAUAUAUAUAUACAUACAUACAUACAUAUAUACACACACACACACACACACACACAACUAUACAAAUGUGGUCAUAAUUUACAAGUUUAGUUACAGAAGAGAAAAAAACGUGAGAAGGGGAUAUAAAUCCCUACGUAUAUAUACACAAAUAGUCUUAUUUAUGCUUCUAUCUAUAUAUACAAAUUUAUUUACUUACAAGUUCAGUUUAGAUGUGUGGAUAUAAGCAUAAUAUAAAGACCCGUAUAUAUAAAUAGAUAAAGACGGAAACCGAUUAAAUGAACGGGGCAAAGGAAAACCCCUCAUUCAAACCUAAAGGUUGAAGGGUCUUAAGUUCAUAUAUCCAUCUGGACUCCCUUUGUCUUAAAAUUUUAUCAAAGUCUCCACGUCUCGGGGUCCUUUUAACCAGCUCUAAGCCACAGAACCUAAGGUUACAGGGAUCCCCCUGGUGGUGUUCUCUCAGGUGUCUCGAGAUAGUAGUCUCGAGGCGAUUCCUAGGGGAUCUCACAUGCUCCAUAAUCCUGUCUUUGAAAGCCCUAAAGGUCUUCCCUACACAUACAUGAUAGUAGGCCCUUGGUGUUACAAUUAUAGAAACUUUUAAUUUUAAAGGAGCCCUGUCCCUUGCUAUCAUUCACAAUUUUAGAACCUUUCAGGAUUAACUUACAGGCUACGCAUCUGCCACACCCAUAUGUGCCUGUCGGAGGAGUACCCAACCAAGUGGCACGUGGUUGUUGUUUAGUGGAGAAGUGACUAGGGACCAAAAAGUCUCGAAUAUUCCGUCCACGUCUAGCUGUAAUAUUGACAUGUGGACUUAAAGUAUCCCUGAGAUGUACAUCAUUCAAAAGGAUAGGCCAGAAUCUCUCAAGCGACUUCCGUACUUCUGGCCACCCCACAUCAAAUGUUGCAAUCAUACGGAUCAUACCAGUCUCCUGAUUAAUGUUCUUUUUAGGAGCGUCACACAAUAAAUCAUUCCUCUCAGUCUGGAGUGCUCUUUUGUAAGCUCUUUUUAAACAACUAUUCGGGUAACCCUUCUCUUUGCAGUAUUGUCGAAGUUGUUUUGCUUGUAUGAUAAAAUCCUGGGUGUCACUACAGUUUCUCCGAAGACGGAGAUAUUGGCCUACCGGUAUACCCUCUUUAAGAGGUCGAGGGUGAUGGCUAGUCCAGUGUAGAAGGGAAUUGGUUGCUGUGGGUUUUCUAAACAGCCUGGAAUGAAGUGUACCAUCUUCAGUGAUACUGAUAGUGACAUCAAGGAAAUUUAUAGAGCGUCCUCCGAAUUCAGACGUGAAGCGGAGAUUUUCAUUGUUCUGGUUAAGGAAAAUUACCGUAUCUGAGAAUUCACGGGGGGUACCCUGCCAGACAAUCAAAAUGUCGUUGAUGUAUCGACCCCACCAUAGAACCUUAGGUAGUAAUGUUUGAGCUAUCUUGUUGCUCUGUACACAUGUAUUAAGGUGGUGGGGCUUAAUGAGCUACUUGUGGUUAGAUAUAACCUUCAACUACUGUUGUAUUACCUUUGACAGGUUAUUUUCACUUUAUUUUUCAUUCUCACUUUAUUACCUCCUCUAUCCUUUCGAUUUCUAUACCAGAGUGUUAACCCUGUGGGGUCUGGUGCAUGACACCAUUUACUACAUGUAUCUUAGCUACUACUCUGUUAUGAGUGAGUCUGCUACACUGUGUAGAGAUUGAUACAUGUGUGCGUAGUUAUAUCUCUGCAGAAACCAGGCCCUUUAUAUCCAUUUAUUUUUAGAAAUCUGUUUGUUCUCUAGUUUUCCAAUAAAAGUUGUUUAUUAUUUUUCUGGAGACGUCAGUAAGUAAACUUAUUUUAAAAAUAAGUGAGUUAGAUAGAGAGUGUCAGAGUGAGUGAGAGAGUGUCAGAGAAAGAGAGAGAGAGUGUCAGACAGAGAGAGAGAGAGUGUGAGAGAGAGAAUGGGUGUGAGAGGGAGAAUGAGUGAGGGAGAGUACGUGAAAGUGAGAGAGUGAGUGAGAGUAAAAGGGAGACAGGGCCAGAUUAAGAGCCCAGUGGACCUGGUGCUGACAAUUAUGAUGGGCCUAAUUACAAAAAUCUUAUCGACCAAAAACACUAAAAAAAUUCAUACCUACCAAUCGUCAUGUAUCUGGCAGAAGUGGUGCUGAAGGGAAACUCAUAGGAUGCAGCUAUGAGAAAACACACACUCUAUGCUAAUCUCUCUCUAAUUUAUGCUUUUAUCUUUCAAGUAAAUCCAUACCCCUAACAGUAAUGUCUAGUGAAGCAGGCAGUCAAUGGACGGGGUAAAAGGGUGGGCCACUGAUGCAAAUCAUGUAAUCAGAACUGCUGAAAGAGGCGAACUUGCCUUAAAAAGGGGGCGUGUCCAGUGGUGUAUCCUGGUUUUGUGCUGCCCUAGGCAGGACAAAACUCAGGCGCUCCCCUCCCACCCCCCCCCCGACCCCCGCACCCAACCCUUCCCCCCGCCCCGCCUUCUAAAUACACACACACACACACACACGCACAUUCACUGACAGAUAUGCAUACACUAGCUAAAAGAAACACACUCACAGACACACACACUCACUCACUAACAGACACACACACACACACACACUAUCAGACACACUCACUAACAGAGACACACACUCACUAACAGAGACACACUAACAGACAUAUACACACACUCACUCACAUUAACAUAUUUAUUUAUUUAACCCCCCCAGCCUCCUUACCUUUGGGAAUGCUGGGGGUGCAGGGGGUCCAGUGGCUGCUGGGCCGGCGAUGGCUGAUGGGCUGGCGGCUGGCGAGGGAGCUCUUCCUCUGAGCUGUCUGCUCAGCUCCCUCGCGCGCCGCAGAGUGAGGCUGGGAGCCGGAAUAUGAUGUCAUAUUCCGGUUCCCAGCCUUACUCUGCGGCGCGUGAGGGAGGUGAGCAGACAGCUCAGAGGAAGAGCUCCCUCGCCAGCCGCCCAGCAGCGCCGCCCACACAGCCCAGCAUGUCAGCCCUGGGCAUUUGGGGGGCGGCUUUUUUUGCCGCCCCCUGGAAAAUGCCGCCCAAGACAAAUGCCUUGUUUGCCUCGCGGCUAAAACGUCCCUGGGCGUGUCUGCCUAAAGAAUUGGAAGGCCAGCCUGGCAUGAAUGCAUUUCAGGCUUCCUGCCAAUCAUGCAGGCUGGCCAACUGGGCAUACUAUGCAGACAGCACCCCGAGCUUGGAAUAAUUGCGUCUAAUGAUGAGUUCGCUCCACGCUUUCUAAGGACAGUCCCCUAGAACUCGCUGGUCCAUUCCUCUCCUAACCUCCUUACUAGCAGACAAAUGCUCCUGGUAUAUAGUCUGGGUCAGAGGAAAGCUGUAUAUAGUGUGUGUAGAAGAAAGGGAACAUGCCCCAGUGUUAGAGAGUCUGAAGCAGCAAGAGCAUUUGCCUUGUGCACAAAGUCAGCUUUACCUUAACUAAUUUCAUUGUCAGCCAGUCCACACAAGUUUUGUUCCCAUACAUCCCUCUAAAGUUUCCAUGCUUAAGCAAGAGUAUGUGAAGGAUAGUUAGGGUUGCCACCUUUCUUGGAAAAAAAAAUACCGGCCUUACUAUUUUGCAUAACUAAUUAUGUAUGCGUGUAAAUCACAAGGAGUGACCUAAGAGAACAUUCUGUAAAAUCAACAAAAAACUACUUACAUUUAUUCUGCUGAAUAAAAGAUGGAUUGUUCCCAGUGUCUCCCUGUCUCCCAGUGUCUUAGUGUCCCCUAGUCUCCCAGUAUCCCCUAGUGUCUGUGUCCCCGUGUAUCACAGUGUUUCAGUGCCCCAUGUGUCCCAGUGUCCCCUCAUGUCCCCAUUUCUUAGUGUCUUCUAUGUAUCACAGUGUCCUUAUGUAUCACAAUGUCUCAGUGCCCCAUGUCUCCCAGUGUCCCCUUGUGUCCCCAUGUUGCCCAGUGUCACUUGGACACUAGGGGAUAGUUAAGAGACAUGGGAACACUGUGAGACAUUGGGACACGAGGGGACACUGGGAGACACUGAGACAUAGGGACACUGGGAGACAUGCGGACACUGAGACACUAGGGACAUUGGCUGGGAGAUAUGGAGACACUGAGAGACCUGGGGACAUUGGGAAACAUGAGGACACAGACGCUAGGGACACAGUGUCUCAGUGUCCCCAUGUCUCCCAGUGUCCCCGAGUGCCUAGUGUUUCACAGCGUCCCCUAGUGUCUGUGUCACCAUGCCUCCAGUGUCCCCUGAUCUUCCAGUGUCCCCACGUUUCUCAGUGUCCCCAAGUGUCUCAGUGUUCCCAGUUUACCCAGUGUCCCCUAGUGUCUCCCAGUGUCCCCAUGUCUCCCUGCAGCCUUUACCCCAUCCCUCACUUCCCUGAGCUGUAGGCUGUGUCUGCCGGCUGGGAGCUGCUGUCUGGACUCUCUGUGCUGUGUAGCUGCUCCCCCACGGAUCAGUGAGUAGAGAGAGGCAGGGAGGGAUAUUCUGUAACUUCCUAUCCCUGCCUCUCUCCAUACACAGUGACCCCUACUGGCCGGUGCUGGUAUUGCAGAGUAAUUUCCAUUUAUUCUGAGAAAAUUACCUGCAUUUGUAUUGCUGGUAUUACUGCAAUACUGGCAGGGCCAGGCAGCCUCAAAUACCGUCUGUGCCAUUAAAAUACCAGUCAGGUGGCAAACCUAAGAGUAAUGUGUAAAAAAAAAAAAAAAAAAAAUUUUUUUUUUUAAAUGGGCCUAUUCCAUGGGCCUGGGCCUGGGCCUGGAGCUGCAGCUCCAUCAGCCCCUAUGUUAAUCCGGCCCUGAAGGGAGAGUUAGUCAGAGAGUUAAUUCAGAGAGAGCGAGCGAGAGAGAUACACAGAUAGAGAUAGAUAAAUAUAGAUAUAGAUACAUAUAGAUAGAUAGAUAGAUAGAUAGAUAGAUAGAUAGAUUGAUACAAAUAGAGAGUGCCUAAGGAGCUGGAACAUGCAGAUUUAGACCCAACCUGGCAGCUGUCAUUGCUCAGGGAUUUAAAUUGGAUUUUGGCACAAAGUGCCAAUGACUGCAUUGUGCAUGCUAUAUGCGUAUUGCAAUUGUAGUGGAAUGAAACACAAUCCAUGUGUAUUCCACUUCGAAUAGCCCUUUCCAGCACUCAGAUGCGCCUCUCAUUCAUGGAACCUAGAAACUCUAGUGGGAGGAAAGACAAGAGAGGACUUCCUGUAAAAUGCAGGCACACAGCAUGAGUCCCUGUAACACCAAAACAUGUCCCAACAACCGAUCAGGAACACUGGGAGUCAUCAAGAUAAACCCACAGAGCCCACCGCUGUAGGUAAACAAAAUUAAAAAGGGCUAGACUGCUAACACAACCUGCCUCUAGAAUGAACACAAAUUUAACAGAAAUUCAACAGAAAAAAAAAACAGCUGUAUGACUGAAUGUCGGAAGAACUGAAAAAAACAAACAAAAACAUUUUACUAACCGAUCUGUAAUUAAUAUAGUGAAAACAUUUUUUUUUUUUUUUAUUACCCUGGAUAUGGAUAUACAUACACAUGGAUGAAGAAUAUAGUCUUACCAUCAGUCCCCCCCAUAUAUAUGCUCCACUGCGCACAGCUAGUGAUGGAAAUCCAUUCUCCGCUUUCAUCAUCAUCGCUCCUAAACUUAUCUGCAUUAGUCCUGUAAGUAUCAACAACGUCUGUAAAAAGAUGUGAUAGAAACAGUGUAAGAUGAAACAUUUUGCAUAAUAGUCAAAUGAAGAUCAAUUCAUUACUAACAAGCAUUUAAAUUGGACAUGACUGUAUUGUGUAACAAAUGACAUGUAAAUCUUCCACCAGACCACAUGACAGGACAGCUCUGUCAAAAUGGAGGAUAAUUUUUCUACUGAUUGUCAGUUAAUUUUUGGCACAAUUUAUUAAAUCUGUCAUAUUAUUUAAUUUGUUGCUAUUUCUGCACCCUCAACGUAAUUUUUUAAAUAUGUGCCAACACAACUGAUUUUUUAAUAUUUCCACCACUUUUCCUGACAGAAAAAGUAUGGAAUUUUUCUGCUAUUAUUUCUACUAUACAUUUGUGGUCUUAUAGCGGUCUGCGGAAUUUACUAUGAUGAAAACCAUCACUUUUCAGAACACCUUGAUAAAUAUCCCCCAGUGUGUCAGAAGGAUUGGAGCAAAGUAGAACACAAACAUAUGUUUAAAAGAACAAUACAAAAACCAUAACCACUACAACCUGCUGCAGCAGUUAUGGUGCCAGAAGUACCCUAGUGCCAUCCUAGUGUAAUUUGGCAACUAAGCUUAUUACAGUUUGACAACUUAUCUGGGUGCCCACGGCUGCAGCCCCUGCCUCCAGCAUUACCCUUUAGGAGAAUCUAGUUAGCUCCCCAGAGGUAAGCAGGACUGAGGAGCUCACUGGCUGAGAGCAGCUGAGCGCUCUCAGCAAAUGAGCGUGGUCUUGGAUCAGCUGUGCUUUAGCUUUAUAUAUAUCUAGUUUUUCUUACAGGAAAAGACUGGAUGCAACCAGGAGAUUCUAAAAUGAUUUGGCAAACUGCACUGGGAGAGUGCAACUAUACUCCUGGAACUUUAAUCACUACAGUUGGCUGUAGUGAUUAUGGUGCUUGGAGUGUUUUCCUAAAUAUGCACUUGGGAUGAGUGACACUCAUUUCAGCCCAUAUGUUAGCUCCUCAACAGCGCUCAGCUUAGGGGCAGUUCUGAUUGGCUACCCUGCCAGGCAGCUUGUGAACAUGCCAUGCAUGUGUGCUGGGAUGAUACUGCUCCUUUAUGUACAAGUAUGUCACCAGUAAAGCUCAGACUCCUGUCAUGAAUACAUAUUUGAUCUUGUUUAACUCUUUAAAGUCUCUGUUACGUAACUUACGCUUAGGGCCUUUGGAUGCAGUUUUCUAAAGUUUUGAGAUAUCUGAGUAGACGGAGCAGCAAGGGCAGCAUUCUUAACGACUGAGGCACCUGAAACGCUUGUUGAGAGAACGCUAGUAGUGCCAGUUAGGUUUUCAAGAUAAGCGGUACUAACAGCCAUUUUGAGUCAGUCUCUGUAAAAAAAAAAAAAAAAAAAGUAUAUAUAAAAAAAAAAAAACAUUUUAAAUAUAAAAGUAAUUGUAAAAAUGCAAAAAACUUGAAAAAAAAAAAGUAAUUAUAUAUUUUCAGGAAACAAAAUCAUUAUACCCACGCACAAUUAAUGUCCCCAGAUGAUAAAUCUGUCCAGCUCAUUAAUAACCCUUUAUGGUUGAGCCGUUACACAUUGCCAUCAUCACAUAUAAAGACCUCAUGCUGCUAGUAAGUUUCCAUUCUAGUCUUACAGAACAGAUUGUUACAAUGUUAUCAAUCACUGACACUCCUAAAUGUGUAAAUAAAAUUAAAACUGUCCUUUAUGAAAGGUCUGUGCUGUUGCAUUCUUGGAGGGAGAUGAAAGGGAGGUGAAAGGUAUAUAGGACACUUCUUAUAGGAGUUGGACUUUCUUUUUUUACCUAUAAAAAGCUUUUUUUUUUUUAAUGUAUUCACAGUUUUCAAAUGCACAGUUAACAACAGAGGAACAGUGUUCAUUGCAUUUACAUUAGUGACAUAGACAUAUCUUGAACUUAUACUGUCCAGUGUGGAACAUUGCAUUUUGCAUAUAUUGUGCAUUGUUUUACAUAACAUUGACAGAUAGAAGAUAACACAUAACUGGGGGUGGGACAGAGGGGGGGAAUUUGGUUUGCAUGGGUCGAACCUUUUUAUCCUUGUAGGUACCAAAUACCAAAAAUAUAGAAGCUUCCUAGUCAGUUCUGCAUGUCAUGUGCAGAGCGUGAGUCCCUUGCGGGCCGAGAAGAUCUGUGACCACUAUUUGUUGUCUAAUUUCUGGUUUAGGUCACUUUCCCUUGCUUGCAUGUGGGAACGUGUCACCGCAACAUUGGCAUGAACAUAGGCACUGUUGUAAAGUGUUGAUAUCAGUUUCUUGGGGGGUGUUUGCGUUAAGCACAAUUUUUCCACCUCCGUCAGCUGAGGUCCAUUUACAUGACGUACAUUUUUGUUACCACAUUUUUUUUUAACCAGGAAGUUAUUUGCAUGUGUGAGAAUUUUGCUGCCUCUGGUAGAUUGUACUCCAUUUGAAGGUGUUGGAAACCUUCGAUUUUCCCCUCUGGCAUGAUUUGUGAAAGAGAUGCAAGCCCGUGUGUUGCCCAUAUUUUGUAAUGGUAGUCAGGUAUGAGUGCAAGAAAUGCUUUCAUGGGUAAUGCUGGUGAAAUGUGGUCAAUUAAGUUAUAUGACUUAAGAUGUGAAUCCCAUAUUUGGAGCGUUAAUGUGGUUGUGGCGCAUGCGGUUUUUCAGCAUCUAGAGACAGGUAUAAACGUGCCCCUCCCCCAUGCUCCCCAGGCCAGGGGAUUUCCCUGAUGGUAACCCCUUUUUAUGGUUCGUAAAGAACCUUCAGUGUCUCUUGUUGCGGUGAUGUUAGUGAGGGGAGUGUCACUUGGGUUAAGAAUUUAUGUAUGUCACAAUCAGUGGGUUGGUAAGUCUUUUGAUCAUCUUUCAGGUUGUAUAAUGUGUUGUAGUAGACAGGGUAUUGUUUAUAUCCUGGGGUAGUAGUUUAGUGCCCGUGUUUGUCUGAAGGUAGGGUUCUUUGAUUGGGAUUGUUUUUGCCGUAGUUGAGUUGCUAAUGCUUUACCUGCCCUGUUACCUUGUGUGUAUGUUUUUAAGUUUAGUUUUUGUAGCAUGUAUUUAGUCUUAUUGAAGAGGAUUUCGCUGAGGCGUGCGGUGGUUUGUUCUAUUAGGUGUGGUUGUUGGUCAGAGGGUUGUAUUAGUUGUGCGGUCAUGGAGUCCCUGAGGGUUUGGAGUAGUGUGAGAUAUUCCAAUUGAGAUUUGCAUUUGAGAUAAGAGGCAUGACUGAUUACUAGGCCUCUGAUAACUAUUUUAUGUGCUUGCCAUAUGGAUGUUGGGGUUAUAUCAGGCGUUUACUUUAAAGUAUGAUGUUAGUUCAUUUUUGUUUACAGUCCGUGUUAUGUAUUAAGGAAUCAUUAAAGUGCCACGGUGCUCUGCCGCUGUGUUGGAAUUAUUUUUUCAGUGUCAGAGUCACUGGGGCAUGGUCAGGUUAUACUAGGUUACCUAUGUGGCAGUAAGUGAUUUGCGACUAAAAUGAUAUCUAUUCUGGAGUACAUUUUAUGAACAGUUGAGUAGUAAGUUUAGUUGCAGUCGUUGGGGUGCAGGGUGCGCCAAGCAUCAUAGAGCCCGUGGGUAAAAUAUUAGUUUUGUGAGAACUUUGCAUUGUGAUUUAACGUUAAGAUGUCUUGACAAGGUUUCUGGGAUUAUGGUAUCUGUGCGAGAGUGAUGGGUGUGGUUCAUGUCACCACAUAUUAUUUCAGAUUCCACUUGGACAUUUUCGCGAGGACUUUGUGUAAGAAGUUCCGUUAAUUUGUAUUAAGUCCGUAUAUGCCCACAAGUGUGAAUAUAGUUUUGUUGAUUUUACAGUGUAGGACAGGGAUAGGCAACCUUCGGCACUCCAGAUGUUGUGAACUACAUCCCCCAUAAUGCUCUUACACCCAUAAUGCUGGCAAAGCAUCAUGGGAGGUGUAGUCCAAAACAUCUGUAGUGCCGAAGGUUGCCUAUGCCUGGUGUAGGAUUAUAAAACGUCCCUGAUGGUCUUUUUAAAUGUGUAAUAGUUCAAACGUAAGUGACUUGUGUAUUAGAAUUGAGACACCUCUAGAUUUAGAUGUGUGGGUUGUAUGGUAUUGUGUUGGGUAUUCCCACUCGUCUAGCUUGGGUAAUUUGUUAUGCACAAAAUGGGUUUCUUGGAUACAUAGGAUAUCUAUUUUGUGAUGUUUUGCUUCCUCUAUAAGAACCCGUCUUUUACGUGGCGAGUUCAAGCCGUGUGUAUUAAUGGUUUGUAUUUUCAUAAAUAUUUUUUUAGAGAAUAGUAGUGAUGUCGCGAACCCGAAAUUUUCGGUUCGCGAACGGCGAACGCGAACUUCCGCAAAUGUUCGCGAACCGGCGAACCGCCCGAAACGCCAUUGACUUCAAUGGGCAGGCGAAUUUUAAAACACACAGGGACUCUUUCUGGCCACAAUAGGGAUGGAAAAGUUGUUUCAAGGGGACUAACACCUGGACUGUGGCAUGCCGGAGGGGGAUCCAUGGCAAAACUCCCAUGGAAAAUUACACAGUUGAUACAGAGUCUGGUUUUAAUCCAUAAAGGGCAGAAAUCACCUAACAUUCCUAAAUCACAAUGAAUAUGUAUUGACACCUGACAUAUGACAUAUUGACACUUUGACAUAUGGAUUGACACCUGUACUCAGAGCCCCUGAUGCACACGGACACAGAGCAGAAUAGAGACUGGUCCCCCUACAUAGGGUCACUUGGCAGAUGUGGAUUGACACCUGUCCUCAGAGACCAUGAUACACACUGACACAGAGCAGAAUAGGGACUGUUCCCCCUACAUCGGGUCACUUGGCAGAUAUGGAUUGACACCUGUCCUAAGGUUCCCUGGUACACACUGACACAGAGCAGAAUAGGGACUGGUCCCCUACAUCGGGUCACUUGGCAGAUAUGGAUUGACACCUUGUUACAAACUGCUAUUUGUAACGGCCCUUUAAAUGGCAAAUUGCCCUGCUUCCCUGGGUUGUGGAGAAGCCUAUUUGCCAGCCUCCUCCCGCAUGACUAUGGCCCCUGGGAGAUUGUGAAAAUGUAUGCACUUUUAUUUGGUGUGUAUGGCCCUUUAAGACUGUCGGUGGGCAUAUUGGGGCUUAUGGACUCUUUAUGUGACUGGUGCUGGCCCUUUAAACACCUUUUUUGGGACAUCAGGAAGAUUGGGACACUGCCCCUUUAAGGCCGUGUCCCCAGACUUGUUGGGGACACUGCCCCUUUAAGACGGUGUCCCCUGUGUCCCCAGACCUGGUGCAAACCCUUUGUGCCUGCCUGGUUAAUUCCCACUUGGUUCAGUAAAUGGGGCUUACUGAACCAAGUACCACACAGGCAGACCACCCAGAAGUGGAAGUGUGCAGGCAAUUUACCUCCCAGAAGCUGCGGUUAACCGCAGCUUAAUUGACAAUGCUGGGAGGUCUUUGUUCGUUUGCCGAACACGUGGCGGCGGCCAUCUUUGAUCAUUCGACGAGAUCAGCGGUAUGUGUAGCCAAAUUCAUGGAACUAAAAUCGGCUACACAUUUCCGCGAACACCGCUGAGCUCUACCUUCUCCCCUACUGGUUUUACAGCUGCAGAGACUAAGUCCCAUUCGGCGAUGGGACUUAGUCGUUUUUUCAGCCUGAAAUAGACCGACCUCACAGCCCAAAUCUAUGGAACUGUUUUGGGCAGGAAAAUGUGCUUGCGGUCGGUCAUAAAGGGACCUCCAGCUAACUUUUUAACCCCUGGAUGGAUUUGGCUGAUUUUUGGUUAUGUUUAUGUUUUAAGUGUGCUGAUUCCAAAUAUGUAAUUAUGAAGAUGGGAUGUGUAGUUUUAAAGUUACAGGGUAUGGCUAAAAACUGUAUUUUUACUGCCUGUGUUUAAUUAUGUUAAUCUCUUCCCAAACGUCAUUUCGUUCAAAGUGGAGAGAAUGUUAAAAAAAUAUAUUUUUGUUCGGAGUGUGAGAAAUGCUUUUCAGCCGCUUCUAAUCUUAAGCAUCAUUUGAGGAGCCAUACAGGAGAGAAACCUUAUUUGUGGUGUGUUUAGUAUUGUUCUGAUCAGUUUAAUACCUUCCGCGUCUCCUAUCAGUGGACGUGUAUAUGGCAGCCAUUUUAGGAACCGUACACCUGGGACCCGAGCAAGGUCACCUCGCUCAACAGGCUUGCAGCGUAUCCUCCAGGAAGAAGAGCCUGAACCCUUACCGGCUGCACGUGUCUUACCUGUACAUGGAAAGCUGCUGUGGUUCCUUGAUGAGCCAGCUGCCCUGAGUUAACAUGUCCCGUGGAGAAGCACUCUGUCCUGUAAAGCCUCACCAAAAAAAAAAAGGAGUGGUGUGUUUAGUAUUGUUCUGAUCAGUUUAAUACCUUCCGCGUCUCCUAUCAGUGGACGUGUAUAUGGCAGCCAUUUUGUCAGAUUCAAGUUCUUGUGCCCCACAGUUCAAAAUAACAUUCAAAUGACAAUUCAUGACAGAUCACACAAGUGAAUAGCCCUGCCAACGUCUUCUCAGAAUUUUUCGUUUUCUAUGAAGAAAUAGAAAUGCAAGAGCAGAAUAGAGACUGUUCAGUUUAAUACCUUCCGCGUCUCCUAUCAGUGGACGUGUACACGGCAUUGAUUUUUGUAACAGGGAGAUGGAAGAAGAGGCUUGGUCGGUCCUCUUACUGCAAAUUUGGGGCACUGCGCGGUCAAGCUAAUGUGACACCAGAUAGGAGUGGUGUGUUUAGUACUAUUUUUAUCAGUUUAAUACCUUCCGCGUCUCCUAUCAGUGGACGUGUACACGGCAUUGAUUUUUAUCUAAGCCGUAAACUUUUGCAUAGCGAAGUAGAUUCACUGCCAUUGAAAAGGAGUGCAUGGCGGUGGUGUGGGCCCUCAAAAAGCUGCAACCUACAUGUAUGGACAACCGUUUACCUUACUCACAGAUCACAACAAAUUUGGGGCACUGCGCGUGCAAUCUAAUGUACCACCAGAUAGGAGUGGUGUGUUUAGUACUAUUUUUAUCAGUUUAAUACCUUCCGCGUCUCCUAUCAGUGGACGUGUACACGGCAUUGAUUUUUGUAACAGGGAGAUGGAAGAAGAGGCUUGGUGAUUUUUGUAACAGGGAGAUGGAAGAAGAGGUAUUAAACUGAUAAAAAUAGUACUAAACACACCACUCCUAUCUGGUGGUACAUUAGAUUGCACGCGCAGUGCCCCAAAUUUGUUGUGAUCUUUGAGUAAGGUAAACGGUUGUCCAUACAAGUAGGUUGCAGCUUUUUGAGGGCCCACACCACCGCCAUGCACUCCUUUUCAAUGGCAGUGAAUCUACUUCACUAUGCAAAAGUUUACGGCUUAGAUAAAAAUCAAUGCCGUGUACACGUCCACUGAUAGGAGACGCGGAAGGUAUUAAACUGAUAAAAUAUAGCUUGAUGAAUAUUCUCUUAUCUGGUGUCACAUUAGCUUGACCGCCAAGAGUGCCCCAAAUUUGCAGUAAGAGGACCGACCAGUUUCCUUCUUCUUCCAUCUCCCUGUUAAAAAUCAAUGCCACUGUCAUCAUCAGGCUUGCAGCCGCAUCCUCCAGGAAGAAGAGCCUGAACCUCUUACCGCUGCAACGGUCUUACCUGGUACAUGGAAAAGCUGCGUGUAAUCUAAUGUGCCACCAGAUAGGAGUGGUGUGUUUAGUACUAUUUUUAUCAGUUUAAUCACUGUUACGUCCCCUAUCCGUUGAUGUGGAGCAAGACGCAGCAGCAGAAGAAGACUCAGCCGAGGAGGUUAUGGAAGAGAAUGGAGUAGGAGGAGUAGAGGAGGUGGCAGCGUACUGGCAGAGUACACGCUGUAGGGCUGACACACCUGCUUGAAGAUAACUAACUGCUAUUCAAUCUAUAAUUGAUGUUUGUUUCACAGGCAGAAAGUGCCCCUAAAAACAUGUAUGCGCUUGAACCUCUAGUUGGUGGCGGAUAAGUCACGAAGUCAACCGCAUUCAGAGCUAAAAUACAGCAGCGCGCAGGACCAUUUAAGCCCAAGGCAGCUCUUAUCCUCAUCAGGGCCUUUUUUAAUCUAAUGUAUCAGCCUAGUAUCAGUCCCUUCGGGAUCCAUCCUCAUUCAUCUUAAUAAAGGUGAGGUAAUCUAGACUUUUUUGACCUAGGCGACUUCUCUUCUCAGUGACAAUACCUCCUGCUGCACUGAAGGUCCUUUCUGACAGGACACUUGAAGCGGGCAGGCCAGAAGUUCUAUCGCAAAUUGGGAUAGCUCAGGCCACAGGUCAAGCCUGCACACCCAGUAGUCAAGGGGUUCAUCGCUCCUCAGAGUGUCGAUAUCUGCAGUUAAGGCGAGGUAGUCUGCUACCUGUCGGUCGAGUCGCUCUCUGAGGGUGGAUCCCAAGGGGCUGUGGCGAUGCGUAGGACUUAAAAAGGUCCGCAUGUCCUCCAUCAACAACACGUCUCUAAAGCGUCCUGUCCUUGCCGGCGUGGUCAUGGGAGGAGGAGGAUGACUUCCACCUCUCCCCCUGUUAGAUUCCCGUUGUGCUGUGACAUCACCCUUAUACGCUGUGUAAAGCAUACUUUUCAAUUUAUUUUGCAAAUGCUGCAUCCUUUCAUACUUGUUGUAAUUCGGUAACAUUUCCACCACUUUCUGCUUAUACCGGGGUCUAGUAGCGUGGACACCCAGUACAGGUCGUUCUCCUUCAGCCUUUUUAUACGAGGGUCCCUCAACAGGCACGACAGCAUGAAAGACCCCAUUUGCACAAGGUUGGAUGCCGAGCUACUCAUUUCCCGUUCCUCCUCCUCACUGAUGUCAAUGAAGGUAUUUUCUUCCCCCCAGCCACGUACAACACCACGGGUACCAGAUAGGUGACAACGAGCACCCUGGGAUGCCUGUUGUGGUUGGUCUUUCUCCUCCUCCUCAAAGCCACAUUCCUCCUCUGACUCCUCUUCCUCACAAUCCUCUUCCAGCGUUGCCGCAGGUCCAGCAAGCGAUGCUGAUAAGGCUGUUUCUGGAGGUGAUGGUGACCACAACUCUUCCUCUUCCUCUUCACGCUCAUCUACGGCCUGAUCCAGCACUCUUCGCAGGGCACGCUCCAGGAAGAAAACAAAUGGUAUGAUGUCGCUGAUGGUGCCUUCGGUGCGACUGACUAAAUUUGUCACCUCCUCAAAAGGACGCAUGAGCCUACAGGCAUUGCGCAUGAGCGUCCAGUAACGUGGCAAAAAAAUUCCCAGCUCCCCAGAGGCUGUCCUAGCACCCCGGUCAUACAAAUAUUCAUUAACGGCUUUUUCUUGUUGGAGCAGGCGGUCGAACAUUAGGAGUGUUGAAUUCCAACGUGUCGGGCUGUCGCAAAUCAAACGCCUCACUGGCAUGUUGUUUCGCCGCUGGAUAUCGGCAAAGUGAGCCAUGGCCGUGUAGGAACGCCUGAAAUGGCCACACACCUUCCUGGCCUGCUUCAGGACGUCCUGUAAGCCUAUGUACUUAUGCACAAAGCGUUGUACGAUCAGAUUACACACAUGUGCCAUGCACGGCACAUGUGACAACUUGCCCAACUUCAAUGCCGCUAACAAAUUUGUUCCGUUGUCACAAACCACUUUGCCGAUAUCCAGUCGCUGCGGAGUCAGCCACUUUUCCACCUGUGCGUUCAGGGCGGACAGGAGUGCUUGUCCGGUGUGACUCUCUGCUUUCAAGCAAGUCAAACCCAAGACGGCGUGACACUGCCGUAUCCGGGAUGUGGAAUAGUACCUGGGGAGCUGGGGGUGUGCCGUUGAUGUGGAGCAAGACGCAGCAGCAGAAGAGGACUCAGCCGAGGAGGUUAAGGAAGAGGAUGGAGUAGGAGGAGUAGAGGAGGUGGCAGCAGGACUGCCUGCAAGUCGUGGCGGUGUCACCAACUCCUCUGCAGAGCAGGUUUACCCAAUGCGCAGUGUAGGUGAUAUACCUGCCCUGACCAUGCUUUGCAGACCAGGUAUCAGUGGUCAGAUGGACCCUUGCCCCAACACUGUGUGCCAGAGAUGCCAUUACUUCCUUUUGCACAAUUGAGUACAGGUUGGGGAUUGCCUUUUGCGAAAAGUAAUUUCGGCCGGGUACCUUCCACUGCGGUGUCCCAAUAGCUACAAAUUUUUGAACGCCUCAGACUCCACCAGCUUGUAUGGUAAAAGCUGGCGGGCUAAUAGUUCGACAAGCCAGCAGUCAGACGCUGGGCAAGGGGGUGACUUUCUGACAUUGGCUUCUUACUCUCAAACAUGUCUUUGACAGACACCUGACUGUGGGCAGAUGAGCAGGAACUGCUCAAGGCGAGAGACGGAGUGGCGGAUGGUUGAGAGGGGGCAAGGAGGACAGCAGUGGUUGACGUGGCUGAAGAUGCUGACCAGGAGGAGGAUGGUGGCUUUGAGUUUGUGUGCUGCUUGUACUCAUGUGUUGAUCCCAUAGGCGUUUGUGAUGUGCGAUCAUGUGCCUACGCAAAGCAGUUGUACCUAGGUGGGUGUUGGACUUCCCACGACUCAGUUUCUUUUGGCACAGGUUGCAAAUGGCAUCGCUGUUGUCAGAGGCAGACACACAAAAAAAAUUCCACACUGCUGAGCUCUGCAAUGACGGCAUUCUGGUGGUGGACACAGCAUGCGUUGAUUGGCGUGCUGUCGGGCUGACCCCGGGUGUCGAUGCAUGCUGUCUGACUGUGCCACUAGCUCCUUGCGACGACCUCCCCCUGCUUCCAACUCGUCUCCUCCUCCUCCCUGUCUCCCCAUCUGAACUUUCACCCUGUUCUUCUUCUUGACGAGCGGGCACCCACGUGACAUCCAUGGACGCAUCGUCAUCAUCAACCGCUUCACUUGUAUCUGACAACUCAGCAAAGGAAGCAGCAGCGGGUACAACAUCAUCAUCAUCAUCACACCGUACGUCCAUGUGUGUAAUGCUGCCUGCCUGAGACAUAUCCCUGUUAUCUACAUCCUCUGGCAAUAAUGGUUGCGCAUCACUCAUUUCUUCAAACGGAUGUGUGAAUAACUCCUCUGACAUACCAACUGAAGCGGCUGUGGUGCUAGUUUUGGUGGUGGCGGCAGGCGGGUGAGUGGUAUCUUGAGAGGUGCCUGAAGCUAAGCUGGAGGAGGAUGGUGCGUCAAGGUUCUGAGCGGAGGCUGUAGAAGAUUGGGUGUCCUGUGUUAGCCAGUCAACUAUGUCCUCAGAACUUUUCAAGUUCAGGGUACGUGGCCUCUGAAAACUGGGCAUUAUUCUAGGGCCAAAGGGAAUCACAGCACCACGACCACGAUGGCCCCUGCGGGGUGGCCUGCCUCUGCCUGUCAUUUUUGUUGGGAUUAGUGGUACUAUGCGUGCAAGCUACUGUGAGACCAGAUAUGAGUGGCAAUGUGCACUGGCACAGUUGUGCAGAGCACAGGCUGUAGGCCUGACACCCGCUUGAAGAUAACUAACUGCUAUUCAAUCUAUAACAGUGAAAAAAGUUUUUUGUUUUUAAAUCCAAGCUAUUGUGUCACCAGAUCUAAUGGUGGCACUGACUGUGGGCAGUAUGCACUGUGAGCCUGACACAGAAGCUGGUGGCAGACAACUGACUGCUAUUCAAUCUAUAACAGUGAAAAAAGUGUUUUUUUUUUUAAAUCAAAGCUUUGUGUCACCAGAUCUAAGUGGUGGCACUGGUCACCGUAUCCACUGUUAGCGUAACACACCCGCUUUAAGGACACUGACUGCUAUUCAAUCUAUAACAGUGAAAAAAGUGUUUUGUUUUUUUAAAUCCAAGCUGUGUGUCACCAGAUCUAAGUGGUGGCACUGGUCACCGUAUCCACUGUUAGCGUAACACACCCGCUUUAAGGACACUGACUGCUAUUCAAUCUAUAACAGUGAAAAAAGUUUUUUGUUUUUAAAUCCAAGCUUUGUGUCACCAGAUCUAAGUGGUGGCACUGGUCACCGUAUCCACUGUUAGCGUAACACACCUGCUUGAAGAUAACUUACUGCUAUUCAAUCUAUAACAGUGAAAAAAGUUUUUUGUUUUUAAAUCUAAGCUUUGUGUCACCAGAUCUAAGUGGUGGCACUGGUCACCGUAUCCACUGUUAGCGUAACACACCCGCUUUAAGGACACUGACUGCUAUUCAAUCUAUAACAGUGAAAAAAAGUUUUUUGUUUUUAAAUCCAAGCUAUUGUGACACCAGAUGUAAUUGGUGGCACUGACUGGGGAAAUGGGCACAGUAUGCACUGUGAGCCUGACACAGAAGCUGGCAGCAGUGGCAGACAACUAAGUGCAAUUACAUUACAUAUAAAAAAAAAUAAAAAAAAAGCAUACCCUAACCCUAACCUAGCUAUGCUUUUCCCUAUCUAAUGAACAGCAGCUACACUUUCCCUCCUCUUACUAAGCAUGCAGCUUGAGAAUUAAUCUAAAAUGGAUGCCUUCCAGGAGGUGGGAGGGUCUGCUAGGGAGGGUGUGCUGCUAAUUGGCUGGAAUGUGUCUGCUGACUGUGAGGUACAGGGUCAAAGUUUACUCAAUGAUGACGAAUAGAGGGCGGGUCGAACCGCGCAUAUGUUCGCCGGCCGUGGCGAACAUGCUAUGUUCGCCGGCGAACCGUUCGGUACAUCACUAGAGAAUAGUAGCUUUACCCCUUUGGGAACCCAUGUUAUUCUCAAAUCGGGGUAUGUUCGUAAUUGUAGGGACAUCUGUGUAAUUCAUUCUUCUGCCUGUCCACAGAGGAGUGUUGAUACCUAUUGUUUUUUCUGAGCAUUGUAUGGUAUGGAACUUCUGGUUGUUUAGAGGUAGUGUAGACGGUUAAGGGAUAAAACUAGGAAACAUAACAGAGGAAAAUAAAGUAUGUACAUGGUAUGUCACUUAAGGGGAGGUACAGAAGUACCGCACCAUGGGGGUAAAGAACAUGCACGUUCCUUAGAGGUAGCUAAUGAGCUCAUUUUGCUUGCGGUAACACUGGACAUUUCCCAUGAAGUAAUAUGAGGGGUGUGUGCUAAAUACUUGUUGGUAAAAUGUAGAGUGGCGUUUAGAUAUAUAGGAGCGUCAGUCUCUGCCUGCCUCUGCCCACUGACAUCUCCAGCUCCCUGCCACCCCAGCAGCUUGUGCGAUGCUGACUGUACUUGAGCACUGCCUUUAAAACUUGGCGGUCUGAGUGCCUGAGCUACACGGCAACAGGUCCCAUCUAUAUCCUUUCAGUAUGUGCCUUCGCCCGGCUCGGGGGCGUAAAGCCCAGCAGAGCAAAUCCAUGUUGCAUGAUACCCAUCACAUGGCAGCAGGUGGCAGGGUAUACAGCCGCCUCCGGUUUCACCCCAUGUUGCGUAAGUUUGGGAGGUUAGGUACAUUUUGUAAAAUUAGUGUACCCCACAUGUUCACAUGGCUGGCUCGAGUGUCUCAGCCGCUAUGAGAGUGCUAUACAGCCCCUAGGGGAAUAUAAUUACUACAGGUGUCGGGUUACUCUUGGUGUCUCGGUCAGCUCAGUCCGGGACCGAGCAUAAUAGUGUAUAUUUAUGAGCACAAACACAGCCCAGGAAUAACAUAUCACAUAACCUCCAACAGAUAAAUAAGUGAAAAGAAUUGUAACAAAACCUGUCCUUCAGCGGAAAGUUGACUCACGGUAGCGGUAUUGAUGUAAGUCUCUGUGUAAAGCACCAAAAUAUGAGAGUAGUAGUCUGCUUCUGGGGUUGUUUAGCGUCCUUUGGGUGCUUUGCUCCACUCCACCUGCAGUCUGCCUUUCGGCGAGGUGCUUUGCGCUGUUUGCGAUGUCCGCAUUCUCCUUUUGCGUAGCUUGGCUAGACCAUCCUCUGGAGUCAGCAAGGCCUAUACACUUCCCCUCUCUUACCACAAGAAGUUUUGUAUCGUAUUCCAUGUAAGCCCAGUGUGUUAGUCACGUGUGUAAAUUUGUUCUUCUUGCGCAGUGUGGCCGCGGACAGGUCCACAAAUAUCUUAACUCCAGGGUAGUCAUCAGGCAGCUUCACUUUGUUGCGGCUGGCAUGCAGUAUAUGUUCUUUAAUGUGGUAAUAGUGGGCCCCUAGGGGACGGAGUCUGGGAUAUGUCUUGGUCAAGGAAUUCUGUGUGUUUUGUCCACCAAUAACAUAUCGGCAGGGAUAUCUGGUGCGUAAGCAUGAAGUAGGCCUCUCACAUAGGCCGGUAGGUCCGAUGGCAGAACCGACUCCGGCACCUCCCCUCAGGCGGAGGUUAUUUCUCCUUGCCCUGUCUUCAAGAUUACAUAGUUACAUAGUUUCAUAGCUGAAGAGAGACUUGCGUCCAUCAAGUUCAGCCUUCCUCACAUUUGUUUUUUGCUGUUGAUCCAAAAGAAGGUAAAAAAAAAAAAAACAGCAAACAGCACUUACAAAUUUGCAACAAACUAGGAAAAAAAAAUUCAUUCACCCCAGAAUUCCAAGGAUUCCAAGUACUCUAGCCAACACCACAACCACCGCAGGCUGAACCUCUCUUCCUUCAGAGCGAAGCAGGAACGAGAUGUUACAAGAGCUUAGGAGUGAUUAUAGCAAGGGAAUAUGCAGAGCAUAGCAAUCCCUUGUAGCAGAUUCCCCCCAAUAAGAGACAGGACUCCAAAUUGAGGGUGAAGUAGAACUGUCUAAAACUUUAUUUUACUUGGGACUAGCCCAUAUGGUCAUUACAUUAACAUUGCUGUGAAAACUCAAAAUUACAAACAGUCAAAUCUUAGCAGUCGACAUACAGUGACUUAUUAUAACAUAAUUACAUAUUCAUAAAUGGGUGGAAAAGAUCAUAAUUAACACAAAAUGUCUCUCCUGCAUGCAGAAUUAGCGAUAUGCAAAUCUACCAGAAUAUGCAAAUUACCAGUCUUGCUAUUCAGGUAGUGCAUAUUACUGUUGCUACCAACAGAGGGUACUACACAAGCUCCAUAGCCAAAUCCACCUAGUUGGUAGCAAUCCUCAGCAGUACAGGAGAGCAGGAAAUACAUCCCAGGGGCCAUAGUCACAUGGCAGGAGGCUGGCAAUCAGUCUUCUCCAAUGCCCAGUAGCGAGGCUGGUUCCGCCACAGAUAUCAUCCAAAUAAACCAGGACAAAUGAAUAGAUAUAAUCCCUGAGUACAUCAUUAAUAAAAUCCUGGAAUACGGACGGGGCAUUGCAUAGCCCAAAAGGCAUAAGGUACUCAUAGUGCCCGCAUCUGGUGGUAAAUGCAGUUUUCCACUCAUGAUUUUCCUUGAUUCUUACCAAAUUGUAUGCACUACUGAGAUCAAGUUUGGUAAAGAUCUUAGCACCUUGGAGUCUAUCAAACAAUUCAGAAAUGAUGGGAAUGGGAUAGGCAUUCUUAACAGUAAUCUUAUUUAAUGCUCUGUAGUCGAUGCAUGGACAUAACUUUCCAUGUUUCUUUUCUACAAAAAAGAACCCUGCACCAGCAGGUGAGGAUGAUUUACGUAUAUGGCCCUUUUUUAGUGAGUCUUUCCUCCAUUAUUUUACUCUCCUGUGGCGAUAAGGGAGAUUUAUGGAGCAGUCAUAUGACCUGUGAGGAGGUAAGAUAUUGGACUGACUCUUACUAAAUACUUCUUUAGUCUCCUGAUAUUGUAUGGGAACUUUGGGGGUUUGAGGUGUAGUGGUACGUAAUGUAACGAUGCCCACUUUUUUGGUUAUGUACAACAUACAUCUCCUAAUACAGUCCUUGCCCCAUUCCAAUAUUUCUCCCUUUGCCCAGUCGAUAUGAGGAUUGUGCUUACAAAGCCAAUGAAAUCCUAAAAUGAUGGGACAAGGGGAAGAAAUUAUUUGGAAUGUUAAGUCCUCCUUGUGUAAGGCUCCAAUGGAAAUGUUAAUGGGCAAGGUUUCGUGGGUAAUUAAGGGUUAGGAUAGAGGUCUCCCAUCAAUAGCCUCUACGGCCAGAGUGAUGAUCUCUCCUUGCUAGGUAUCAAGUGUUUUCUAACAAACUGAAUGUCAAUGAAAAUCCCAGCCACCCUUGAAUCCAUCAGGGCUUUGCAUGAAAGUUGUUAGUGUUACACAAGACCAUAACAUCAAGGAGAAACCUACUUUGGUUAUUGCCAGAGGACGUAUCCAUUACACCUAAGACCUGUCCUCUUAAGGUUCGUAGGUGCGGAAGUUUUCCGGACGUAUGGGACAAGUGUAAAGGACUUCCUUGUGUUUACCUGUACCCAUUCGGUCAUUUCCUCUCCCUGCUAGUAAAGUGACUGUAAAGUAUUCGUUGUUUAUUUCUGUGUUUGGGACAUUUAUUCGUUCUACCGAACAGAGACCACCCUGGGUAGCAAUCAGAACUUAGAACACCAAGUAACCACGAAAACCGCAAGGUAAUUGAGUGCUUCUAGGUGGCCGCCAUUCAGCAUACGAACACGUGGCGAGAACAAAGGAUGGCGACCAUCUUAAAUCUCCCGAACACGGCCAGCGGGACUUACUCGUGGAUUGCCUGGAGCCAUUUUCGGCAUGGAAAUCACACAAACACCCGGUCUCCAUGGAAGUCCCGUCUGACCGAUUUCCACUUACAGUAGGAGACUGGCUUUCGGGAGUUUCAAUCAACCGAAUGAGGUGAGCAUUCACAUGUAACCAGAUACCGUAUAAGUGUGUUGGUUUUCGUGUAAUUUUGCACAAAUGGAGACCGGCUCUUGCUACCGAUUUCAUGGAACUCUAACUCGGAUACAAGCACACAGCGAGCCAGUCAAAUGUCCACACAAUGCGACACGAAAACUACCGAACGGAUUUUCAUGCAAUUUGGAUAUGUUACUCCCAUUAUCCUCAAUGUCAGCCCCUAAAGCAACCUCCCUACCGCAUUUCCGAAGCUGUUAGAGACGAGAUGGGGAAAGAAAUCGACUAAAUGCUCCGACUAGGGGCAAUAGAGCAUUCGGACAGUCCUUGGGCCUCCUCUGUAGUCUUAGUACCAAAACGGGACGGUACGACCUGCUUCUGUGUAGAUUACAGGCGGCUCAAUGACAAGACAGUCACAGAUAUUGGUCCUCUAAUUGAGUUUAGGAUGUUGCUGAAACUCAAUUAUCUAGCCUUGACCAGAGGAGGAGUCUGUUACUGUAUAAAUUGAAUGUCUGUUGCUUCCAGUAAAUCAGUCUUGUUCCAGCAUUAAGCUUUGGAUCAUGUGUGGAUUAUUUGGCGAUACCAGCGUUGUUUUACCCUGUGGAUUAUUGUUGUUAUUCUGCUAUUGGGAAAAAGAGAAUACUAGACGGUGAUGCAGAUUACUACCAUCACAACAGGUACUCCUCAUAUGUCCUUUUUUACCACAGUAUAGGCAUAGACCCUCUUUUCUCCUAUAUUGUCUUUCUGCCUCGAACAGUGUAGUGACCACCAACUGCAUAGGUUCGGGUUCGGACUGUACAGAGAGGUCAGGAACAAUAGGUCUGGAGAAAUGAGGUGCUAAUGGCAUAGCCAUACGUCUGGUUUUAUUUCUGGUUCUGAGUCUAUUAUCAAUUAGCAUAACAUGUAAUAAACUAAUUUAAUUUUUUUAAGUAGUUCUUUGUCAGCAAUCUCAUCUAGAAUUGCCUCGGAUAAUACUUUUUUAAAAGUAGAGAUUAACCCACUAUUAGUCCAGUCUACCUCAGAAGCCAAGGUGCAAAAUUCUAUGGCGUAAUCUGAGAUAGACAGGAUCCCUUGUUUGAUAUGCAUUAGGGUAGUGGAGGCGUCAUCCUCUCUGCCUAAUGGUUCAAAUGUUAACUACUCCUACUACUCUCCCAUAAUGGACUGGGCCAAGCUAAGGCUUUACCUUUUAGAUGGUUCAUUAGGUAACCAAUCUUAGCUCUGUCUGAGGGAAAAGAUCCCAGUGAGGCUUCAAAGUGGUAAUCAGUUUGAUUCAGGAAUCCCCAGCAUUCCUGAAUAUUACCAUCAAAAUGCGGGGGAGGAGAUAAGGAGAUCCCUUAUGUACUAUAGGAGGAGGUCCAUUAGACGGAGGUGACAUAGUUGGAGAGGCCUCAGGCUGAAGAUGCGCAGUUCUAGUGAGCAGCGUACUGAAAGCCUGGGCAAAUUGAUCUAUACGGUGAUCAUUCUCCUCUAGCUUUCUCUCGCAAGUUGUUAUGUGCUGACACAAUUCUACAGGAUCUGAGGCCCUGUCGUAAUGUCAGGAUUACAAGCUGAUCCAGAACGUAGAACUGUAUCACACCUAAGACUAAAAGGUAACGUGCGUGUGCGUCCUUUACUUGACGUCACGCGCACGUCGAUGUCUUCCAUGCCAUGGGCGGUCGUGGGGUUAUUAAUUAGUGUUGAUCCGCAGAAGCCGGCUUCCAUCAACAUGCUGCAGGGGUCAGAUAUAUUGACGCAUGGCCGCUGAACGGCACUACUGCGUUUAUUGGCAAGGCAACCACUAUCAAUGACGCAAGGUGAGGAUGAACAUGUGACAGUAAGUCAGAUUCUAACUCCGUUUUUUAUCCAUUUUUUUAAGACGGAUCCGCGACUCUGCGUUGUGGACACUCUAUUAAAAGUAUGAGAGUCAGGAGUUCUGACUAACACUAAGUUGCUCACACUGGAAACGAUAGGAAUUCACCGGAACCUAUACAGAAAAUGGCAAAGAAAACACUCUUAAGGAUAGUGUACAAGGUGAUUUGUGACUCGUGAUAAUGGCUCAAAUGAGGUGGUGUAAAAUCACUUUAGGUAAAUUGAGAAGGAUAACACUUAAAACUUAAACAGUGGAAUUAAUAAAGGAUAAAAUAUGGGUACUGUACCUUUAAGAUAUUUAAGAUUAUCCCUAUUAUUGUACACUAUCCUUCAAAGUGUUUUCUUUGACACUCUAUUAAAGUAUAUAGAGGUUACUUCUUCGCUACACCAUCAAGACAACUUCUUAUUUCAUAUGUUAAGCCACACAAACCGGUCACAACUAUGACUUUGGCGAGGUGAAUUCGUUGGUUAUUGUCCAUGGCCAGGUUAGAAUCCUGUUUCGUGCCCACUCGGUUUGUGGCAUGGCUGGGUCGCAGUCCUUUUUCGGCAGGUGCGUCCCUCAGGUCAGGCUCCGCCCUCGCUUCUCCCCCGCAGACAUCAGCUGGGGGGGGGAGACCUAAUGCGCAUGUGGCAAUGGCUGCAAGCACAUUAGACCUCCCCAUAGGAAAACCAUAAUUCAAUGCUUUCCUACGGGGAAAAUCUGACGCUGAAGGUCCAUGAGGACAUCCAGCGUUAGGUAACGGGCCAAAAGUCAGUUUGGAUUCUGGAAGCCCUCUAGUAGCUGUCUGUUAGACAGCAACAGAGGGCAGACUUAGAGCUGCAAUGUAAACAUAGCAGGUCUCUGGAACAGCAAUGUUUUACAUUGCAGCACUAAGUGCAAAAGGGUCACAGCAACCAAACCACUACAGUGUCUCUUUAAUUCUCAGCGUUAAAAAUGCAAAACAUGAAGCCUCCUGUCAUGUGAUAAAAUUGUAGAUUAUGCUAACGUAGUGUGCGUAUAAUCUUAAUUUUAGUAACGACAGGAGCCUAAUAUUUUCCCACCCUGGGUCUUUAUUUCUCGCACUAUUCCUAUUGUCAUAUAUUAGCUGUUAGUUAUGGUUAUAUAUAGUUUUUGCAUUAGGACUACAGCUUAGUUAGAUACAUUUAUGGUUAAAUCGAUUUAAAUUAAUGAUUUACGCCAAUUGACUUUAUUAUGUAGUUAUUAUUGUGGCCAUCUUGUCACUUCAGAUGUCUUUCACUUGUUUUUGUUUCCUUUCAGUGUGAUCGGCUUCUCCACGUGCUUGGAUCUGUUUAUGUUAUGUUUCCGGUCAUCUAUUUUUCGAAUUCUGGAUGUUAUUUGCUGUUGUGUUAUUCUUCAGGACUUUUUGUUCUAGACUGUGUAUAAUGAUUCACUACAAAGAAAGAGGAAGUGAUCAGACUGGCAGGGCCUUUUAUAGAGUUGGAUACUCUUUUCUGAUUGGUUGUUUCUGUUAUGAUCUGUGCUGCUGGAUUUUACAAUAAAGAGAGUAAUGCUCAAUAGUCGCGUCCUGUCAUUACUAAAAUUAAGAUUAUAGGUGCACUAAAUUAGCAUAAUCUACAAUUUUUACCUUAGUUAGUUAUUACUAAGAUUACCUAAAUGUAUUUACUCACACCCUUAUUGAAGCAAUGAAUAAAAGGAACACUCCCAGCAGUGGCCAUUGCAGACCAAUUGUUAGUAAUCAACAUGUAAAAAAAAGUUUUACUUCUUACCUGAGGUCCACUGGGUGCCCCUCCUCGCCUCUACUAACGCAUCCAGAGAGCCAGAAGCUCUCUUACUGAGCUAAGCUAAGUUUGUGCAGAGUUACUGUAAACCUUCUUAAAUUUAUUUUUUAAGUUAAAAGGCCUCUCCUUCCCUAUUUAAAAGAAGCAAACAAAAAAAAAAAAAAUCUCCCUCCUCCGUCUGAUGUCAGCAGGGUCCUCACACGAAUCUCUAUGAGAAGCCUGUGAUUGAACAGUUUGACCGUCUCAGAGUACAUGCACAUGCUCUGAGCCAAUGAGGGGUAAGGAGAGAGAAGACAGGGGAGAGAAAUAAAUAAUAAAAAAUUAGAAAACAAAAUGCGGGGAGGUGGGAUAGGAUAAAAAAUUAAAAGGACAGAGGGAGGGCAAAAUUAAGCUUUGCAGGCACUGCCUUGUAGUGUAGAAGCUGAGCAGGUCUGUCACCACAUUGCUGAUGACAGACAUAACAUAUAUACAGAAUUGACAUUAGGAAGCCCGGAACACAGUUCUGGACUGCUUAAGUUACGUGUGCCAGCACACAAGUAAUAUAUUUGUAUGUGCGGUGUUUGAAGUUGAAACAUUAACUUCUACCACAACACCUCACAAGAGGUGAUUUUCUACUUUCCAGAACUAAAAUUUUCACUUGCCAAUGACUAGGGAAUUUUUUUUAACCCUAUCUUGACCCAUUGGCUGAGUGAAAGCAGUUGACGCUCUCAUCCAAUGAGCUAAAACUGCGCUGCAAGGCUUAGCUCAGGACAGCUAAUGGAAGCGAAUAGGCAAAAGCGUCUGGCUCUCUGACUCACGUAGUGAAGGCGGGAGGCAGCACUUGGCAAACCACAGGUGGGAAGCCAAAUUAUUCUAAAACAGUUUGCCAACUUGAACUGGUGGUAGUGGUUAUGGUGCUUGUAGUGUUCCUGUAACUACUUGACUAUUUUUAUGCAGAAGGCAUGAUAUUAGAUGUCUUGGCAAAGACCGGGAAAGUGGUUGAAAUGUUGUCAUUUAUGUUUAGGACCACAAUAAAAUGAAUGCUCAACACAAAAACACAAAAUGUCGGUGUACUGGACCAUUAUUGUUUCAACAGUGAAGGAAGCAUAAAAGAGUAAAGGGGUUAGGAAAACCACAAAUCAGCCAUGAUGCAAUAAAGGCAUGCUUUGAGUGUAGGGAGGGCGCAUUACUGGAUCAUUACUGUUUCAACAGUGUACAAGGAAGCAGAAUACAGGAAAAAACAGAGUUAGGGAAACCACAAAUCUGGUGUGAUGCAAUGAAGCCUUGCUGGACAGUGUGAAAGUAACAAUGUGUGCAAUUCUCAGACUUUCUUUCAGUAACUGUCACUUCUUUUCCAAGUCUCUCAUACAAGUCCCCUCUAUCUAAAAUUUUUCAGCCCCUGACGAAGGUGCACUACUAUAGCACCGAAACGCGCGUCGGGUUGAAGGAUCUUUUCCUUCACUUUUUCCACUUUUCUUCACUUAUAGGGCACUGUAUCACCAUGUGUAGGUAACCAACGCUCUAAGUAUGGUUCUGCACAUUAGCACGAUUUUAUUCUAACACUUUAAUUUUCCUUUUUCUCCUGUCACUCCUAUAUGUGUUGUCUAUUGGGAUUAUUAUUAUUAUCAUAUAUUUUUCUGAUGGCUUUUUGCCUGGGGACGGACUAUGGCAAUUCUAUAACAUUUUUGCGAUAGAAGAUCAUAUACCAGCAAGCACUUAGCCGACAAGUUAAUAAGUUGGUUUUUGAUACAUAUCCUAUUCAAAUAGUUACGUUUUUUUGGUAACCGGCAAGUGUUUCAUUUCUAUUGCUCAUUCAUCUGUACCCCACACAGGUUCUUUGUAGUAACAGUAAUUGGAUACAAUUAUUAGAGGGAUCUUUUUGACCCUCUUCACUUUUGCUACUUAGUAGUUAAACCAUUUUUUUAGCUACAAUUAAGCCUGUUUUGUUUUGUUUUGAUUUGAUUUAUUUUUUCUCUUUAGACCACAGGAGUUUAUUAUAAGGCUCUCUGAAUAUUAUGCAUAUGUUUUAGACAUGGACAAUUCUAGUUGAUAUAAUUAAGUCCUGCGUCCAAACAGAAAAUUAAUGCCUUAGAGUCCUUUUUAGACAGGAAAAUAGCCAUUAGGCUACGUCUAUUCACUUUAGUUCCAUAUAUGAACACUCUGUAGAUUUUUAUGAUUCAUCUUAUUAUUGGUCAUAUUUAUUUAUUUGCUUUUUGAUCUUCCAGUUCAUUCCUGUUUCUGGUCUCAGCAACCAGUCACAAGAAGUUUGUUGUUUAAUAUUAAAUUAAUUAGGGUUAUGCCCUUUGACACUACUGGAGUGUCAUUUAAGGUGUGACUUUCCAUUCAGUGGAUGGCACAGUCCAGUCUUGGACAGCCACAACCUUUGGUAAGUCGGUUUUUUAUUGCCUUUCAGUAUGGGCUUGCCUAUUUUCAGAGUCCAUUUGCCCAUUAUGGGCAUCAUUAAUAACGUGGGUGUGACGAGACCAAUCUCGCCACAUUGCAUUGGAGAAGCCUAUUUGCCAGCCUCCUUCCACAUGACUAUGGCCCCUGGGAGAUGGUAAAAACGUAUGAACUUUUAUUGGGUGUGUAUGGCCCUUUAAGACAGCCAGUGGGCAUAUUGUGGCUUAUGGACUCUUUAUGGGACUGGUGCUGGCACUUUAAACACCUUUUUGGGACAUCAGGAAGAUUGGGACACUGCCCCUUUAAGACGGUGUCCCCAGACUUGUUUGGGACACUGCCCCUUUAAGACGGUGUCCCCAGUGUCCCCAGACCUGAUUAAAACUCUUUGUGCCUGGCUAUUUCCCACUUGGUUCAGUAAAUGGGGCUUAAUGAACCAAGUACCACACAGGCAGACCACCCAGAAGUGGAAGUGUGCAGGCAAUUUACCUCCCAGAAGCUGCAGUUAACCGCAGCUUAAUUGACAACGCUGGGUGGCCUUUGUUCAUUUGCCAAACACUUGGCGGCGGCCAUCUUUGUUAAUGCGAACGAGGUCAGCGGUAUGUGUAGCCAAAUUCAUGGAACUAAAAUCGGCUACACAUUUCCGCGAACACCGCUGAGCCCUAACUUCUCCCACAAUGAUUUUACAGCUGCAGAGACUAAGUCCCAAUCGGCGAUGGGACUUAGUCGUUUUUUCAGCCUGAAAUAGACCGGCCGCACAGCCUAAAUCUAUGGAACUGUUUUGGGCAGGAAAAUGUGCUUGCGGUCGGUCAUAAAGGGACCUCCAGCUAACUUUUUAACCCCUGGAUGGAUUUGUCUGAUUUUUGGUUAUGUUUAUAGUGCUGAUUAAGUGUUCUUGCAUAGCAAGACCACUUAUUGUUAUCUCACAUAUAUAUUAUUAUUCUUAUUAUAGCCAAAUUUGCCACCCUAACUCCUCCCACAGUUUUUACACUACAUAGACAGAAAUUUACCAAAACGUGCAGAUUGUUCCCGAUCGGAUUGCUAUUACUUUGUGGAACGUUUCGCCGAAUGGUUCACGGAAUAUCGUCGUUCUUGUGGCGAAAUUUGUCCCAUAGGAAUGAAUGGCAAAGCUAGAGUGGGAGCUGGCAAAAGCUGAAAAAUCAGGACAUGAUUUCUAAACUGCCACCACUCCCUUAUUUUCAGGCCCACCUACACAACUCUUAUAUCAAAACGUUCAGCUAUCCCUGCUGCCACUAAACAUGUCAACGGCUAAGCCAUAGUCCUGAUAGUUUUCACAAUAUAAUCAUUUGUUUGCAACUAACGCCGUCCAUUGACAUUUAUUGAAACUUCACUCUACAAAGCUCAAAUUUGAAGUGCAAUUUCUAAACUGCGACUGUGCCUUCAUUUUUAAUACUUCAGAGACAUACUAUGCAUCAAAAUGUAGGUCUGGGUCUUGUGAUUCUCACAAUAUAAAGCUCUUCGCUGUAGGAUUUAUAGUUUUUAAAAUACGACCGUUUGAAGAUGGCAACCGCGAAAAUACUCUUGACCUGUGUCAGGCUGCAGCAGCAAGUGAUGUCAUAGACAGGGGCUUUUGAACACCUGCUAAUGUUUUGAUAAAUGUAUGGUUUAAUGUAACUGUCCAACAACGUUGCAAUUAAAUGUGCUAUAUAAAUGAUAACAGUUACUCCGCCCACUCCAGUUGUAGACUACUGGUGGAGGCAAGAACACUUCACACAAUUUCCCCAGAAAUUGUAGCUUUUCUAGUUAAUAAUAUGUAAGUUUUAUUAAUAUUGGAUGUAUAGUUUUAAAGUUACAGUGUAUGGAUUAAAACUGUAUUUUUACUGCCUGUGUUAAUUAUGUUAAACCAUUGUGCAACAUAAUUAUAUCACAGGUAGAGGGGAGGAUUUUUGUGUGUAAUUGCUGGGAGUGUUUCUGUAAUGUACGUUUAUGAUUGGUUGUUGUUUAAAACCCUGUGGGUGGUACUAAUGUGUAAGAAUGUGUAUAUAAGAAUAAUAAACCCACAGGUCUGUCUGUUCACUGCUUGACCCUCAACACGGAGCUUUGUCUCGUUCUUGGGGGGCAUUUAUUGUAUGCUGUUCCAGUUUGACUGCUAGGAGUGUAAACCUAUUCGUAUGGUUUUUCCUAUUCGGCUGUUUACAGCAUUCAUAUGGUUUCCUGUUCGGCGGAUUGGUGUUCUGCAGUAGCUGUGCCUGUGUCUCUGGAAGGGAAGAUCUUCUAAACGGCGGUUUAACCCUUUUAUGCCUGAGGGUGCCGUUACAGUGGGUCAUCUCACAGUAGACAUCUUCUCAUGGACCGGCCUACCUCACCCAGAUUUGAGGCAUAUAAAUGUUGUGAGGUAUGCAUCUCUCCCUUUCACUCUUGCCUAAUCCUCCCAUCACACAUUCCUCACCCAGUUUCUAUCACCCCAUCAUUCUAUGAUUGUACAUUAUCUCCUAAUUGUACAGCGCAGCGGAAUAUGUUGGCGCUUUACAAAUGCCAGUAAUAAAAACAUAAUUCACCUUCUAUUUUCCCAUACCCUUUCUCAAACGCAUGCCUCCCUCACAAUUCUCCCAUCUCUCUCUCCCCUCCCCAUCCCACCUCGACCUUCAGUCCUCUUACUCCUCUCUCAAUCUACAUCCUCCCAUCACAUCUUCCUAUCACUCCAUACCCCCCCUCUCCAUCCUUUUAUCACUCCCUCCCGCAUCCGCUUAUAACUCCCACUCUUCACUCCAUCCUGAUAAUCAUAUCAUUGCCACCUAUUCCUUCCACUCUCCAUAUCCUCCUAUCACUCCCACCCAUCCUCCCUAUCCUCUCAUCCUUUGAUGGCAAAAUUUUUUUUUUUUCAUGUUUAAAUCUUUAUUUCACUUUUUCAAAUUACAGAGAAAACACAACACUGUGCAUCAGUAUAACAAAAAAAAAAGAAAAAAUUAAUAAAAAUAAAUAAAAAUAAAAAUAGAAAUAAAAAUAAAAAAAAUAAUAUACAGAAAUAGAGAGAUACCAUUCACAAUUCGAGAUAUUUUAUUACUAUCUUUUACAAUCUCAUCUAACUUAUUUUCGGCUUCAGUAACACAGCUUUUUAUAUCUUUUCACUGAAUUAUUUUUUACAAUAAACAUUUCCUUUCUCUUUUUCUCCUUUCUCCCUUUCUUUUUCUUUUCUUUCUCCUUUUCCCUCUGAGAUAAUUUAUUACAAGAAUCAGGAUAUGUAUAAAGUAAAUUUUUAUCCCUCCCUCUCUAAAGAAGAAAAAGAAAAGAAAGAAAGAAAAAAAAAAUAUAUAUAUAGAUAAAUAUAUAAAUUAAAAAUAAAAAAGUACAAUUAUAGUAAUUCUUCCUUUUAUAAGUCUACAUUUCCAAUUUUUUUUAAUUUAUAGAAUUCCAUAUCAAACGUCUAUAUCAAUCUGUUUUUUUUUUUUUUUUGGUUUUGUUUUUUCCUGUUCUCGUUCUCUUUCCCUCGUCUCUCUUCCCUUCCCUCUUCCUUCAUUUGUUUUGUACCACCUAAAUUUUAUUUAUGGCAAAUUAAAGGGACACUAUAGUCACCAGAACAACCAUAGCUUAAUAUAGUUGUUCUGGUGCGUAUUGUGUUUCCCUGCAGGCUUUGUAAUUUAAAAAAUGCCUAGUAACACCUCUAGUGGUAGUCAGACAGCCACCAGAGGUGCUUUCUGGGCAGCACUGACGUUCAGUGUCUCCACACUCUGCAUGGAAGCGCUGAACGCUCCCCAUAGAGAUGCACUGAUUCAAUGCAUCUCUAUGAGGAGAUGCUGAUUGGCGCAGCGUGACAUUUGGCUGCGCAUGCACAAUAGCCUUCAAAUUCUUUGCAAUGGGAAAGCAUUGGAUUAGCUGAGAUUGUCAAGUUUGAUAAUAUCAGCAAAGAUGGUGGAGCAAAGGCGGGGCCAGCUGCGAGAAAACCUGCGCAGCGCUGAAAAAUAGGUGAGUAAAUCCAAGGAGGAGGAGCGACAACGAGACCUUUCUCGUGUCUGCAUGCCUGUAACCGAGUGUGUAUGACUGUCUGCUUGUAAUGGAGUAUGUGUGACUGUGUGCCUGUAACUGUGUGUGUGACUGUGUGCCUAUAACGGUUUGUGACUGUGUGCCUGUAACUGUUUGUGACUGUGUGCCUGUAACUGUUUGUGACUGUGUGCCUGUGACUGUGUGCCUGUAACUGUUUGUGCCUGUAACUGUGUGUUUGGCUCUGUGACUGUGCCUGUAACUGUGUGUGUGUGUGUCUGUCUGCCUGUAAUUGAGCGUGUCUGACUGUCUGCUUGUAACAGUUUGUGUGACUGUUUGCCUGUGUAUGUGUUACUGUAUACAGGCAACUUGGUGGGGGAAAUUAUUUAUAUAUGAUCUAAGUACUUGUAUUUACACAUACAUAAAUCAUUAUUAAAAGUGUAUUUUAAUAUUAAUCUAUAUAAUUAUAUAUAUUAAAAUACACUUAGAAUAAAGUAAUUUUAUAUAUUUAAUAAAAAUAAGCAAUAAAUUAAUUUAAAAAAAAUAUAUAUAUAAAAUGACAUUGAAAAAAAUUAUAUACCGGUUUAAAUUUGUUCUAACUGUAUUUUGAUAUUAAUAUACAUAUAUAUUUAAAUCACAAUACAUUUAGAAUGACGUUAUAAAUACAUAACAACCGCAGACGUACUAGGUAUGUCCGACAAAAACACAGUCGUUAAGGACCGCAGAUGUACCUAGUACGUCUGCGGCAAAUAGGAGCCCUGGACCGGCAAUCACGAUCGGGGGUGUGGGGGGGACUGCCGGAGACCCCAGAAGUCCCCCUUCAGCAGCUCCGGCCACCCCGGCCCAUACGAUCACCGCCACAAUAGGAGUCUAUGGAGCUGCCAGCAGGGGGUCUGUCUGAACUGUCAGGCAGUCCCCCAGUCUGCUAAAAAGUAAGAAAAAUAAUAACCAAAUAAAUAUAUUAUACAUACUGUAUAUUAUAAAAUAAUUAAAGAAUUUUAUAAUGUAUUAUACAUAUAUAAUGCAUAUGAAUUCAUUAUAAGUGUACUUUGAGAUAUACAUAUAUCUCUCAAAAUACACUUAUAAUGAAAUCAUAUAUAUGCAUUAUAUAUGUGUAAUAUAUUAUAAAAUGCUUAAAAUAUAUUAUACAUAUAUAGGAAAUACACACACUCACACACACACGGUCACAUAGUUACAUUGCUGGAAAAAAAAAAAAACUUGCGUCCAUGUUCAGCCUACCUCACAUAUGUUUUUGCUGUUGAUCCAAAAGAAGGCAAAAAGCCUAGUCUGUAGCGCUUCCAAUUUUGCAACAAACUAGGAAAAAAAUCCUUCUUGACCCCAAAAUAGCAGUCAGAUGUCUCCUUGGAUCAAGCAGCUAUUACCCCACUAAUUAGAAAUUGUAUCCCUAUAUGUUAUGAUUUUGCAAGUAUUUAUCCAAUUUCAGUUUAAACAUCUGUAUGGACUCUGACAAAACCACCUCUUCAGGCAGAGAAUUCCAUAACCUUUUCUUUGUCUUAGAUGAAAUCUCCUUUCUUCCAGCCUAAAUGUGUGACCUCGUGUCCUAUGUAUAGCCCUGUUUAUGAAUAGAGUUCCAGAUAAUGGUAGUACUUGCCCCAAAUAUAUUUGUAUGUUAUCAUAUCCCCUCUGAGGCGCGUUUUUCCAAACUAAACAGAUUAAAAAAUUUUAACCUUUCGUCGUAACUAAAAUGCUCCAUUCCUUUUAUCAAUUUUGUAGCUCGUCUCUGCACUUUUUCUAGUGCCAUGAUAUCCUUCUUUAGAACAGGUGCCCAAAAUUGCACAGCAUAUUCAAGGUGUGGUCUUACCAGUGAUUUAUAAAGAGGCAAAAUUAUAUUUUCAUGCUGAGAAUUUAUGCCCCUGUUUUAUACAUGACAAAACCUUACUGGUCACGAUUACUAUAUGACCCAACACGCAGAACUAUGUAAUACACAAUGAACAAGGAUAACGUAUACCGAGCCUUAGAACGACCGGACUUAACGUAAAUAAAGAAUGGUCAAAAUACUAGCCGAGGUCAGGGACACAGAAAGAGACACAAAGAGGAAACAAGUCAAAAGUCAAGGAUACCAGAAAUACGGGGAAGUCAAAAUACAAGCCAAAGUCAAAUACCAAAAAGAACUAGAAUAGGAACGCACUCUGUUAACCAAGUGGAAACCACGAUGGGGCACUGACCAAAUGCUUUUUUGAGUUUAAAUAACCCUCCUAAGGCUAUGAUUGGUUGUACAUAGCCUUUGACCCCAAAACAUGCGUGCGCGUCAUUUGCAUAGUUGCUUGGGACCACAGUUGCCAGCGUUCAUUAGAAUGCCACUCUGGUCGGGGAUCGCUCCACGAGUGUGCUGAAUGGAAAGCUAAUGUGCUUUAGGUACAUUUUUAUUAUUUUUAACAGCGUGACCGCAUCGAUCGGAUGCGGCCACGCGGUAUGGAGGCGCGGGGGACGUGACACAUACACACACACAUUCUAAAUAUAUAUUUAACUAUUAACUACAUAAUCAUUUGAUUGUAUUAAUUAUAAUUUGAGGGUCCUGCCUGACAACCCAGGCAGACAGUCCAGAGAAUUUAAUUGGCAAGCCCUAUAUUUAACCCCAUAACUUUCCAAAACACCAUAAAACCUGUAGGUGUGGGGUAUUGUUAUACUCGGGAGACUUCACGGAACACAAAUAUGAGUGUUUAAAACAGUAAAACUUAUCACGAUGAUUAAAUAACAAGUAAAAGUGCAGUUCUUGUGUAAAAAAACAAAAAAAAAAACGCAAAAAACAAAUAAAAAUGCUAACUUUGGACAGCGUUUGUGACUAAGUGGCUACUACAAAAGACUGGAGAUAUCCCGGGUUGUCUACAUUUGAAAAUGGUAUGCCAUGAUGGGGUUAAUUUUCAUUCCAGGGCUGCUAUACAGUCUCAAAGGCAACAUAGGCCCAGCAAAGCAAUCUGGCAAAUUUCAAUGUGCAAACAUGGAAAAGAGGAAAGCCAUACAUUUGACCCCUGUAAGUUUGCAAAAACCCAUUGGGGGCACUGUUGUACUCAGGAACUGAGAAUCCAUGCCUAAAGUACAAUGUGAGAGAAAAAUAACACAAAAGUGACUACCCAAAAGCUUGACAAAGACUGGUGGUAUAAUUCGUGCAUGGAAAGUGUUUAAAUACCACCAUUAGAAAUACCCUCGGGUGUCUACUCUUCAAAAAUAUAUGGUUUGAUGGGGGUAAAUUACAUUGGCCGGCUUCAAAAAUGUCCCAAAUAGGACAUGGGUGCAUGAUGACCAGCUGUGAAAAUUCCAAGUUUGAAAACUGGAAUGCGCACCCUCCAAAUAAGGUUUUUUAGCCCCCAGAGAACCCCACACACCAAUACAUGGGUGGUAUCACUGUACUCGGGAGAUGUUGCUGAACACAUAAUGGGAUGUUCUUUGGCAGUAACCCUGAAAGUUCUCAGUACAGGUAUUCUUAAAUUUGCUAUGUGUGUCAAAAGAAUCACGAGGUAAGCGUUUAACCCAUUCCUCCCCCUAGAGCCCGGCGUGAGGGGGGCCAUGAGGGUGGGGGGGGGCCUAUUAACACUAUAGUGAGUUUGUUUUCCUGGCACUAUAGUGGUCCUUUAACGGUAAGAAAAUUGAAAAGAGGUCUGGUCACCAAGGGGUUAAACAGCAAUUUGACAUAUACUUGCAAAAAUAUAAUAUUCAGGGAUUUAAUUUUUAAUUACUGGGGUUAUAGUUUCUUGAUUUAAGAAGAGAUCUGACUGCCAUUCUAGGGUCAAGAAUGAAUUUUUAUCCUAGUUUGUUGCAAAAGUGCUUCAAACUGUGAUUUUUUUUUUUGCCUUUUUUUUUGAACAGCAAAAGCAACUGUGAAAAAGACUGAACUUGAAGAACUUAUGUCUCUUCUCUAUAUGUAACUAUAGUGAGUACAGUGUUCUCUAAACAUAUUCACUUUGUCUAACGCUGAAAACCAGCACAGGGAUAGAAUAAUAGGACUAAAACUCUGAUAAAUUAUCCUGCCCCAUACCACUCCCAUCACACACAAGCAGCUCCAUCUGGCAAUCAAAGCCACCCCAAAAGCACACAUACAACUCCCAUCACACCCAGACCCUAUGACAUGCUUGCAGCUAUAAAUGCUCGGUGUUUAGACUUACUCUGUAGCUCUCUUUUCCAGAUCGCUCACACAAUUCCCCGUUAUUCGAUCAACAAGUUGGAAUGUUCUCAGAAUUGUGGAAGUGACCAGUAACAGGGCGGGGGUUCUAAAUCUGAUUAUUUAUAAAUAUAUGUAUAUAUUGUUAUGAGAGAGGGGUGGGGGUGAUGUUUUGGGCGUUGGAAACUUAGGGAACUUUGAUUUACACCACAAAAAAAAAAACCACAAAAAAAACCCCACGUAAUUAGUUGCCAAAAAUGAAGGAUAAGAGUGAUAGAUACUUGCUGUCAGGGCGGGUGGUUAUUUCUUCAGCGGGGCUGGGAGGGAAGGAUGUGGAAACACAGUGAGAUAAGCGGAAUUUUUAUUGCUGAGAACUCACAUUAAUUUUUGGCUGCAGAAUUUUGUUAUUGUCUCUGCGACACAUGGUCACGUGAUUGGAGCUGCCCGCCAUCUUGCUCCUCCAAGAUGGCCGCCCCCAGCAUGUCAUCCUGUUCCUGCCAUCCUGGGUCAGGGUAUGCGGUGAGAGUCUGAGAGGCUGUGUGUGGCAUCUGGAGAGGGUCAGGCUGCCCCCAGUGCUGAGCUUGAUUCAGGGCUCCACGUAGAUCACCAAAGGUGAGUUAUUAUGUCUGUGUGGAGGUGUUCAUGUGUCUUGUGCAAUUUUUAAGAUCCAUGCCAAACACAAUGAAUGAAUAUCGAUUACUAGGAAUAAACCAUGGGCUUUCUCUGUGAGCCUAUUGCCGCUUGGUAUAAGUCUUAUUACGAAUUUUCAAAGGCAUGGAUUAUUGUUCUAUUAUUAUAGGGGCAAUUCAUUAUUAAAUCAAACAAUAAUGUGAGAUGGGAAAAAAAAAACACUAAGGUGCUGUGCCCCUUUAAAACAUAUACAUGUAACUCAAAUUGAAACAAAAUAUCCACCAAUAUAAUUAUGAGAAUCAACUAAAAGUCAGAAUAAUUUUACACCAGAUUAAAAAAAAAAAGGGCAGAAUUAAACACCAUAACUAGUACAGCUUAAUGUAGUGGGUUUGUCCCUACAGUUUAAGACAUGUCAACAUUUCCUUUUCUGUUAAAAGACUGUGUUUACAUUUGCUCCUAUGAACACAAGUAGUGGCUAUCACUCAACCAACUACUGGAGGUGUGUCUUAUUACAUUGCUGCAAUCUUAGCAGGGGUGACAUUCUGUGUUCUAAUGCACUGCAUAAAGACGCUGAGCAAUCCCCGUAGAGAUGCACUGGUAUAAUACAUCUAUCUCUAUGUGGAGACACUGAUUAGUGCAGUAUGGUGAUUGCAGUGCACCUCUACUGAGAUCGUUCAACGUCUUUAUGCAGAGCAUGAGAACACAGAACGUCACCCCUGCAAAGAUUAUAUAGGAUUUGGAUUGUUUUACUUUGAAUUCCAUUUUUCAUUUCCUGAUACUAAUGAGGUUUUAAGAUUUAGCCAAUUGGAAUGCCUUACUCUCUAAUAUUUUGGACUGCAUACACCCAUAGGCUGGACUAAAAAGAGAAUGUCAGCAACAACAGGGCAGAUCUGGAAGCUGAUUUGAUUGUCGAAAUGCAUCGGAUAGCCAAUGUCACUGAAAGAAAUUGGAUCUCACAGCCCUGAGGAAGCCGGUACCCGGGCUGGGAUACAGGCACCGCUCUCCCUGGGGACAAUUUAAGCCAGGGCUCGAUAAAUCCCAAGUCGUCAUGGCGACUAAGAAAUUUGUCCUGGUGUCUGGGAUUUGUCAGACUUUUCAGCUCCCAAGGUGCGCAGCUGAUUGAGAUCGGAUGCGGGCUCCUGGAGCGCUGAGGCAGGCGGACAGGUGGCUGGCUGACUGUGGAGGCGGCGAGGGAGCUGUAAUUUUCUCUGCUCCCGUGCGCUCCCUGCAAUGAUGCCGGGUUAUGGUGUCUCUCUGGCCCUGGCAUGACUAAACAGUCGUGAGGAAGCAGAGCAAGAAGAGUCCCUCCCCUGGGAAAGGUAGGGAGACUUAGUAGAUACAUUUAAACAAAACAAAUAAUUGUUUGUCAGUGUGUGUGUGUCAAAUCAGAGUGUGUGUAUGUGUCACUGAGUGUCUGUGUAGGUGACCUGCCCCCUCCAAUAACACGGGAAAGGUGUUUUUUCUUCACCUUUUUUCUAUGCUCUGCUGGUCUCGCCACUGCUGGCCCCACCUCCAGGGCUGAGAUAAUCAGCAUUGGAGGUGGUAGGGGGAGCGUUGGGAGACUGCGCAGCAAAAAAAAACACUGUGCCAAUCAACAUCUUCUCAUAGAGAUACAUUAAAUAAGUGCUUCCCACAUUGCAUGCGCAAUAGUCUCUGAAUGCUUUAAUUUGGGAAAGCAUUGGAUUGGCUGAGAUUAUCAAGAUUGAUGAUUUCAGGCAGGGCGAGACCUGCACAGCGUGGGAUAAAAGGUGUGUAAAAAUCUCACUGAUUUGGUACAAUAUUACACUAUAUAUGUUUUUCAUUUUGCAUAUAUGACAUAGACAUUGUAUGAUGUACCGUUUACACUUGAGUAUAAGAUGAGUUUUUCAGCACGUUUUUUGUGCUGAAAAACCCCCACUCGAGUCACUGUCUGUAUUAUGGAAACUUACAUUACCAUAAUACAGACAAGGACCGCCGGGCUCAUUACAAGCCCGGGUCCUGUUGGGGGCUGGCAGGAAGCGUUUACUUACCUUUCCUGCAGCUCCCUUCUCUCUCCUCCGGUCCGGUCAGCUCCACUGCAAGUCUCGCGAGAGCCAAGGGGUCAGAGCUCCGCGCAGCACUCAGACCGCGAGACUUACAGGGGAGCUGGCAGGAGCUACAGGAAAGGUAAGUUACAGCUUGCUGCCAGCCCCCCUCCUACACAGCCAAUGCCACUGGACCACCAGGGAAUGAGAGCCCCACACACACACUGCACUCAUAUAUAUAUAUAUAUAUACACACACACACACACACUGCACUCAUAUAAACAAACUGCAUUAUAUACACACACACACAUACCGCAUUCAUACAAACACACUGUAUUCAUUAUAUACACACACACUGUAAAUAAAUAUUCAAUUAAUAUAAUUUUUUGGGGAUAUAAUUUUAUUUAGAAAUUUACCAGUAGCUGCUGCAUUUCCCACCCUAGUCUUAUACUCGAGUCCAAUAAGUUUUCCCAGUUUUUUGGGGUAAAAUUAGGGGUCUCGACUUAUAUUCGGGUCGAUUUAUACUCGAGUAUAUACGGUAAGUGAAGCAUGACACACUUUACACUGAUAUUGCACUGUUUUUUGAUGCACUUUAUUGAGUGUAUAGCGCAUUUUAAUGUUAACACCUGCUGGUUUAACAAUAAUUUAUAGAUUGCCCAACCACCCAACACUGCCGUUGUCUUAAAGACACAGCACACUUUUUUAUGUUUACUUUUUGGAGUGUUUUUAGACUAUUAGACUAGAUAGGGUGCUGCUUUAUACUACCUUAUUUUUACAACAAGAUUUUUUAGCGUUUACAUUGCCUUUUAUCAAAGUUCCUUCUGCUGAAAUUGCAAUGUAAGAAAACCGGUCUAAGGAGAGGACCUGCUAAACUCCCGUCAAGUACUUAAGUUCAUUUUUUACGACUGAUUGCCCGUUCCCAUUUACUGGCAAAAUAGGUUUCUUGCAGUUCAUAUGUUAAUACAUGCAGACAUUUUAGUUCCAAUUGUAACAAAAAAGGUUUUUAAAAAAGCAGUUCAGGUUAUUUACUGAAUAAGCUAUACAUUUAUUCCAAACAUAAUACUUUACACUCUGCAUUUAAUGUUCCCAAUGUAACAAAAUGACUUGCAAUUUGUAAGAGUACUUCACUGUACAUUUUUAUUGUUAUUUAUUCCUUUUUUUUUCCAGGAAAAAUAAAUUAUUUUACAUCUCGAGGCAUACCACAGAGGUCCAGGGCCAGCGUAGACAAAUUCUUGGUUUGGGAAGACCACCUUUGGCAUACCAAGGUAUUCAUAAUGGGCAUUGCAGUGUAAACUCCAUACUGCUCUUCCAGAAAUAUUGUAUUACAAAGAGGCUAGCCACUCAAUAUCCCAUAGAAUGUGACAGCAAAUAAGAACCGUGUGGCCCAUCUAGUCUUUCUAGAUACUUUCAUUAGUCCCUGGCCUUAUCUUAUAGCUAGGCUAGCCUUACGCCUAUCCCACGCAUGCUUAAACUCCUUUACAGUGUUCACCUCUACCACUUCAGCUGGAACGGUAUUCCACGCAUCCACUAAAGUAAAGUAAUACUAUCCUCUCAGUAAAGUAAUACUUCCUGAAAUAAUUUUUAAAGGGAUACUAUAGUCACCAGAACAACUACAGCUUAUUGAAUUUGUUCUGGUGAGUAGAGUCAUUACCUUCAGGAUCUUUGCUGUAAACACUGUCUUUUCAGAGAAAAUGCAGUGUUUACAUUACAGCCUAGUGAUAACUUCACUGGCCACUCCUCAGAGAGGUGUUAGAGAUCCUUCCUGGGUCAUGGCUGCCUAAAACGCAUUCAAACAUUCAGUGUCUCCUCCCUCUGCAUGCAGACACUGAACUUUCCUCAUAGAGACCCAUUGAUUCAAUUCAUCUCUUUGAGGAGAUGUUGAUUGGCCGGGGCUGUGCCCCUGAUCUGCCUCCUUGUCAGUCUCCGCCAAUACUAUGGGGAAGCAUUGUGAUUGGAUCAGGCCAUCAUUUCUGAUGAUGUCAGAGGUCAAAUGAAGUUCACAGGCAGAGGCAGCAGCUUCAGACCUGAAUACAAGUAAGAUUUUACUAUAUUUAGGGAGGCAAAGGGGGCUAGAUAGUGAUUUUAACACUAUAGGGUUAGGAAUACAUGUUUGUGUUCUUGACCCUAUAGUGUUCCUUUAAACCUUUGCCAUUCAAAAUUUAAGACUAUGUCCUCCUUGUUGUGGUAGUUUUUCUACUUUUAAAUAUAGUGUCCUCCUUUACUGUGUUGAUUCCCUUUAUGUAUUUAAAUGUGUCUAUCAUAUCCUCCCUGUCUCGUCUUUCCUCCAAGCUAUACAUGUUAAGAUCCUUUAACCUUUCCUUGUAAGUUUUAUCCUGCAAUCCAUGAACCAGUUUAGUAGCCCUUCUCUGAACUUUCUAAUAUCCUUCUGAAGAUAUGGUCUCCAGUACUGUGUACAAUACUCCAAGUGAGGUCUCACCAAUGUUCUGUACAAUGGCAUGAGCACUACCCUCUUUCUACUGCUAAUACCUCUUGCUAUACAACCAAGCAUUCUGCUAGCAUUUCCUGCUGCUCUAUUACAUUGUCUGUCUACCUUUUAAGUUAUCUGAAAUAUUUACCUAAAUCCCUUUCCUCAGAUGUUGAGGUUAGUAGUUUACCAAAUAUUCUAUACUCUGUCCUUGAGUUUUUACUUCCAAGAUGCAUUAUCUUGCACUUAUCCACAUUAAAUGCCAGUUGCCACAGCUCUGACCAUUUUUCUAGUUUUACCUAAAUAAUUUGCCAUUUGGCUUAUCCCUUAUGGAACAUCAACCAUGUUGCAGAUCUUAGUAUCAUCAGCAAAAAGUCAUACUUUCUGCUAAAUCACUAAUAAAAUUAUUAAACAGAGUGGAUCCAAGUACAGAUCCCUGAGGUACCCCACUGGUAUCCUCUUGGAAAGGUCGAGGCCGUAUGGACACAAUAUCUCACUUAUGUCUUGGUGCUGGUAAGGCACUAAUCCCCCUUGUUUCAGCUUAGUUAAGCCAAUCUCAAACCACUUCUUGCCUAGGAUUGAGGUGCACUUCCCUGGAUAACUUGCUCUCAUCAGAGGUCACCGUACUGCUGUUUUCUUGAUCUAAACAGAUCUCCAGUGUGGCGCUAUGUUACACAGAUUGCUUGAGUUUCAUUCACAGAUCCUGCUCUGUGUCUGCUUAUAAAUCACAAGGAAAGGGUAUCCCAAUGCUGCCUCCAACAGCAACAGACCUAAACCUGCUACUGUCUUUCUCCAUGCUACCAGGAACCACCAGUAGCUUCCACAGCAAUCUGGUACCUUAUGGCAAUUACAGCCUGAGUUUCAUCAAUGAUAUUGCCCAACCAUCAAUCAGAUAUUUUAUAAAGCAAUACAUGUUUAUUCCCACCUUGUACCCAAACACUAGGAAAGACUGACUUAUUGAACAGGAGGUAUAUUUAUACAGUACAAGAUGUUGCAUAAAGGCAUGACAAACGCAAAACAGUGUGAGGAUCUUGUGAGAGACUACAGUCACACCAUGGGAAACAGAGUGCUGGGAACAUACCCAUCCAUGGUGCCAAUAUGUAUUGGUAAGCUGUGCAAAUGGGUAAGGGAGAAGGUCCCUAUGCAUAUAUUAGGAGGUAACCAAAGAGAGGGGGCGCCACUGGAUAGAUUAUGCCCUCCGCUACCUAUGCUGUAAAGGGCAUGUAUUCUAGUCACCGGUAUCAGAUUGACACCCUAUGGAAAGUUAGAGGUAGGCGAGAGAUGGCACUACUUGCGAUUAGAGAUGUAACAUUUCUGGAAAUUUUGAAGCUAUGGAAAACGUGAUGGGGAGGAGUGGUCUGGAAUUAUUUCUAAAUUUGUGGAAAAAAAAUAUGCAGAGGAGACUUCUCUUUUAAAUUGAAAGCCUUUUGUUUUUUUGUUUUGUUUUUUCUUUACAUUUGUAACAUAAAAUGCCAAGUGUAUAAAAGUAUUAUUUAUGUGGGGAAAAAGUACAGCUUAUUCAAUAAAAAAUUACAUUUGCUUUUUUUUUUUUUAGCUAAUUUAGGCACGGCCCUCUACACCUGUUGUUAACAUAGGUCAAACAUGUUUUGUUAGAAUGCAUUGUUUGUCUGGUUUUACCUAUUGUACAGUUCUUCAGGAUAUGUCACCACUAUGUAAAUAAUUUAAAUUUUUACUAAUGGAACCACUGGGUCUGGAUAUGUUAAGAACUGUAAGAAACGUUCUUUUUGUUAGUACAUGAGAAAUGCUUGCAUGCACUAAAUAGUGAUUUAUUUAUUUUGGUAUCUGAGCAGUUAAUCAAUUCUUGUUCAAACAUUUUAUAUAUAUUUUUUAUUUUUUUAUUUUUUUACCUAGGUAUGGCGCCAUCAUCCACUUGGAAUGCAAUUCCAGUUCUUUCAUUGAAAGAAGAAAAGGAACUUAAAGAAGAAGACUCAGGGAAUGGACCUCCUUUAACAUUGUUUUAUGCUGCCCCCAUUCUAGACAAAAAACAAACCUCCCGCCUUUCCCAGAUGCUUACUGUUAACAGACCCUUUCCAGAUAUCUUACGCCACUUAAAGAGGGUGAGAUCCUGUUCUUCUCGCCUUGAUAUCUUGCUUUUUCCAUCCAAAGACAAUGAGCUUUUGUCCAUCACAUUAAAUGACGGAGAUCCUGCCACAUCCAAACAAAUUUUUUGUUGUGACGGUGACAUUAGGGAAUCUAAAAAUGUGACAGAACACAAAGAUUUUGUACAAGCACCAUCAAUAGCAGCAUUUUUUAAAGAUACCAGCGCUGACUUGACUGGCUUGGGUAAACCUUUCUUAGUGUCCGUUCCCUCCAAGGCACCAAAAAGUCGAAAGGAUCAGCAGGCUUGGGCGGUCUACUGGCCUACUACUUUUCAUUCAAAGCAACAUGGAGUAAAUGUGGAAGAAAACAGUGGAUCAGAAUUUAUGUCGGAGGAUGAAAAAGCAAGGAUUGGAAGUAAUAUGUGCAGAGCCCUGAAAGCUGCACAACAGAGCCAGGCCAAUGGUGUAUGUGGCUUAGGGGCAACAAUCGUCAAUCCAGAAACUGGUGAGGUUUUGGCAUUAACCAGUGAUCAGACUGAGAAGACAGGAAAGCCAUUCCUCCAUGCAUGUAUGGUUGCAAUAGAUCAAGUAGCCAGAAGGCAAGGUGGAGGUGCAUACCCCAAUUUAUUCAUUGAGGACAAGGAGUGCAAUGUGGGAGAGGAACCUUUAAAUGAAAUGAAAAACAGAAAAGGGGCAGAUCAAAAGAAUUUUGAAAAAGGGAAACAAGGCAUGUGGAAAUAUGCAACGGUAGAUGAGCAUGAGAAACGGAAGAGAAUGGAGGAACAGGCGCCCUACUUAUGCACGGGGUAUGAGGUUUAUGUUACACAAGAGCCAUGUGUUAUGUGUGCUAUGGCUCUUCUCCACUCACGUGUGUCCCGUGUUUACUAUGGCUGCAACUCCCCUGGAGGUGCUUUAGGAACCAGUUAUCGACUUCACUGCAACACUGGCUUGAAUCAUCGGUUUUUAGUGUACCGAGGAGUCAUGGAAGAUGAGUGCCAAAAACUUUUGAAUUAAAACACAUUGCUACCAUCACUUCAUUCCACUUCAUCAAAACAUUGGCCCUGUGCCACUGCUUUUUGUUUUAUUGUUUUUAAAUUUGGUUUUAUUACUUCAUCUACAAAUUUUAUUUAUAAUAUUUUAGACUAUGGUUGGUUGUUUGGUGCCUUGACCAUGUUUGGAUAUGGAUUGGAUCUGUGUUUGGAUAUGGAUGGUAAAAGGUAAAAGGCAAUUAAAACUUUUUUUUUUUUUUGGGGAUUAGAAUCAAAUGAUUUAUUCAUUCACACAAUUACUAAUACAUUUUGUGCAUAAAGAGAAUGAUGAUUCUGUAUUUAACCUGCGGAUACUAACGUGCAUUUAUAAAAGUGAGAAAAAAUAUUUCUUCUGCAUGCCUUCCAUGAAGGGUAGAUGAGGGGACUAGCUUUUCACUCCAUUAUGGCAGAGAUACAUUGCGAAAAACUCCCAACUACAGAAGAAUUCAGAAUUGACCUUCCCCCCCAAUACCACUGACAGAAUAUUGUAUCUACCUCCUGUAUGCCACAUAAUGAACAUAACGAGUAUUAAAUGGAG